AUGCCCCCUCUGCCAGUUCAUGAGGUCAUAGGAAGCGAUGGGGUCACCGUUGUGGUCAAAGCUGACCUCCUCCCCGAGUGUGGAAAACUUCGCCUGCUUCAUGUAAUGUAGUAGCUGGGGAGAGAGGAGUGGAGAGGGUGAGACAAGAAACGAUACACUCUACUCCACCUACUGGUGUGUGUUUUGUGUAUCUGCAUGCGUGUGAAUGAGAAACAGGCAUUGAUAUCUAUUCAGCAACACUGAGCAGAGUAUCUUCAGCUAUAGACUCACUUGCCACGGUUUAACAUGCAUUGGGUCCCCACAGGUGCCAUUGAUAAAAGGCCCCUGGCCAGCCACACAGUUGGUCAUAUGCUGCAGGGCGUGGGCGAUGAGAUACACAGCCUUGUACACGUUAUAGGACACUCUGAGCUGGCUCACAUCAGCAUAGGGUGUGUACACAUCCCCCAGGACCUCUCUUCCGCUACAGGGCUCUCUGUCCAGGUAACUGGCAGAGUGAGAGUGGGUGUUUAAGGAUCCGUUCACUCUACAGUUGAACGUCUCUUCCCAGAACUCUGCCAGGAAAGCCGACUGACGUCCGUGGGACGGUCCUAGUCUGGUCAGAAAGUCUUUGAGCCCGGGAAUAACAUCAGCCUUCCGUAUCCCAAAUCCCAGCGUUCCCGUCAGGAGAUCUCCGAACUCUCCCCACAGGGACUUGGAGGUGGCCCAGGCCUCGCUGGCAAUCAGCUGCAGCCCUGUGACAUUCCGCUGCAGACACUCCCUGAGGAUACUCCGAAGCUCCGACUCACCAGAGAAAUUCAGGAGGACUCGGGAGGAUGAGCCCUGGGUAACAAUGACAAUAAUAACAAAAAUGUAUAAUCAUGUACUUUUAAGACCUCCUAAGUUUUAUUUCUUUACUCACCUGGAUAGUGUCCACCAGCCGCCCCACAGCCUGCUGGGUAAGGACCACUGGGUAGAAGUGGACGUAGGCAGCACACACACCAUACUGGACGGACUCCUGUAGAAACAACUGGAUGGCAAAGCGGGCAUAGUCAGACUCCACGCCGAUGACGCCCACCCAGGUCCAGUGGAAGUAGCGUACCAGGCGAGCUAGGGCGCGUAUCUGAAAGGCAUCACUGGGCAUGGUGCGCAUGAACGUAGGGAACUGCUUCUGGUCACUCAGACAGCUGCAGGACGCAAAGUAGCUCACCUGAAAGAAGAGGGAACAGCAGGUUCAAAGUUCACUCUGCAAGAUGUCCUCAAGCAUUGCAUAGAGCUUUUAAUAUUUACGAUAUAUCUGUACUCAAUGUCAUGAUAAAAAUAAAAAAUAAACAUUUGAAGAUAUGAAAUAACAUGUUUCCUGCCAAAGUAAAAAUACAGUACAGAUGUGGGAUCUUAAUUUGACUAGUAUUGUCACAGCAAAAGAAUCCUGCAGCAACAGGAUUUCAACGUUUAGUCCAUAAUGUUGCUUGAUCUGCAGUCAGGCUAUUAGAUGUCCCAAAUUAGCCCACAUGAAAAGUGCAACACUGUUAAUAUAACCGUGUGUUAACGUGGGUUUUCAGUGAAUUUAUGUAAAUCACAAAGCUCAUCUGUACUUCCUACGCUGCAGGACAAUUCUCAGCAACAAAAGAGUGAUCAAAUUAAAAGAUCCCUUAUCUGUGUAUUAUGAUCUACAAGCCAGUCCAAAGCAGAGAGAACAGCAGGUUAAAGGUCCACUCCGUAAGAUGUACUCAAGCAUUGCAUAUAGCCCUUCAUUUUCAUAUAGCAGUCAAGGAAAGCAAUUCCAUGACAAAAUGUAUAGAAUUUCGAAUGUAGUCUUAAGUUAUGAAAUAGUAUGCCUCCUGUCAAAGUAACAGUAUUUACAGUAAGAAUCUGAAAUGUAAAUGUAGUAGCGUCAAGCCGUCUAUAUUUUAAGGGUAUUUCCAUUUCGGCUACUAUUAUGAGUCUUACUUUUACCAAGGCCCUACCUCCAUCAAAAGCCAUUUAUCAACUAUAAGAAGAUGAUUACACAAUGAUAAAAGCACAAUGUACGUAACCCUAGGUAGGCCACAGGUAGUCUCACCAGGGGUAUGUGAAAGGAGCCCAGAGUUCUGAGCACAGCCAUAGACACCCCAGAGGCGGCGUCUCCUAUGAUAACAGGGGACUCGGCCCUGCGUACAGCAGCACAGUCCGAGCCUGGACCCUGACCUGCACCCCUGGAGCCUGCUCCCCUGUCGGGCUGCCCGUUGACCAGCAGCAGAGAGCCUCUCAGGGACACAGGCACGUGGUCACAGCUGUCCCGGAUGUGGAACCCCAGUGUCAGGUGUGGGAGCAGGUCCUUUCGUUGGUUGAUCUCUCUCACUGCAAACAUCAUGGUCUGCAUCCAGCGCAGGGCCCUGGAACUGAAACUGCAGGGAAGAGGAUAGCAAGUGGCUUAGAAUCAAUGCACGUGGAGAGAGAAAGAGACAGACAGACAGAAAACAUUCUUCAUUUCUCAUCACUUACUAUUCAUAUGUAGUCUGUUGCGGUUCCCACUGAAAUGAUGUCACAGAGGACACAGGACUAUAGUGGAGAGGGAACAAGCCCCCAAGAACCACAUCUCCCUCCUGAUAGAAGCUGCUCAUCUCCUCUUCCCCCAGGAAAGUGCACCCUUCCUGGGCUGUGGCAGAGCGAACCCUGGUGGUCCACAGGAGAAGCCCCAGCAGCAGGAGUCUUGCAGAGAGGUGUGCCAUGGCAGGCAGAGAGUGGAUGUAUGAUGUGAGAUCAGUCAGGGCUUCCAGUCCACUUGUGUGGCUGUGGGGUAGGAGGCUUGCUCCCUAUAUAGGCCCCGGAAACCUGGUUGUGAUGACAUCACUGCAUACAAAGUCCUACUUUUUUUUUUUUUUUUAUUGCAGUGCGUUCUCUAAUGAGUGGAUCUUAAAGAUAGAAUCCGUAGUUGUAACAAUAACAAAGCCCCUACCCCACCUCUGUGUUGGUCAAAUGUAACCACUCUCAAAUUCAUAGACAGAGCUAUGGAUGCAAGGACUGACCAUCCAUGAUAUUAACAUUAUAGUUUUAACCAUAUUGUUUGGCUAUACAGUGUUUGUUUCCAUGUACAUUAUUUACAAACAUUGGAGUAAAAUGUGUUUAUAUUUUGUGUUCUGAUGGGGUACGACAGUUGAAAUAAGCUCAUGAGGCAUUUAUAAGUUAUGUUCUUCUAGAAUCAAUGGGUAUAUAUCAUUAAUUUAAUUCCAAAAAUAGAUGUAGCAACAAAGGAAUCUAGCUUUAAAGGGAUCAUUCACCCCAUAAUCAAAGUGGAUUUCAGACAUUUACGUACCAGAUUUCCUGCUCAACAGUAGGUGUCAGCAUAUGCACUGCAUUAGAACAAAGCUGUGUUGAAUCGUCUGUGUGUGAUGUCACCACAAUUUCUAUCAGUCCAUCAAUGAAAGAUAAGAGGACAUGAAUACAGCCAUGCUUACAAAUGUGCAUUGGUAGUCUUAAACAAAUCUACUUUGAAACAAAAAUAUACACCUUACACACAUGGUUAUGGUCAUUUAAAAAAAAGAAGACAUCUGUACCAUGUCAGAUAUAGAGUUGAAAUGUAUUACAUUUUGAGUUUGCAUCCCAAAAUCACACAUUAUUUAUAUACAGUACCAGUCAAAAGUUUGGACACUUUUACUCAUUCAAGGGUAUUUCUUUAUUUUUACUAUUUUCUACAUUGUAGAAUAAUAGUGAAGACAUCAAAACUAUGAAAUAACACAUAUGGAAUCAUGUAGUAACCAACAUUUUUUUGAGAUUCUUCAAAGUAGCCACCCUUUGCCUUGAUGACAGCUUUGCACACUCUUGGCAUUCUCUCAACCAGCUUCAUGAGGUAGUCACCUGGAAUGCAUUUCAAUUAACAUGUAACAGACACAUCUAAACAUCAACUGUUCAGAGGAGACUGCGUGAAUCAGGCCUUCAUGAUCGAAUUGCUGCAAAGAAACCACUACUAAAGGACACCAAUACGAAGAAGAGACUUGCUUGGGCCAAGAAACACGAGCAAUGGACAUUAGACCGGUGGAAAUCUGUCCUUUGGUCUGAUGAGUCCAAAUUUGAGAGUUUUGGUUCCAACCGCCGUGUCUUUGUGAGACACAGAGUAGGUGAAUGGAUGAUCUCUGCAUGUGUGGUUCCCACCACGAAGCAUGGAGGAGGAGGUGUGAUGGUGCUUUGCUGGUGACACUGUUGGUGGUUAAUUUAGAAUUGAAGGCACACUUAACCAGAAUGGCUACCACAGCAUUCUGCAGCGAUACGCCAUCCCAUCUGGUUUGCGCUUAGUGGGACUAUCAUUUGUUUUUCAACAAGACAAUGACCCAACACACCUCCAGGCUGUGUAAGGGCUAUUUGACCAAUAAGGAGCGUGAUGGAGUGCUGCAUCAGAUGACCUGGCCUCCACAAUCACCCGACCUCAACCCAAGUGAGAUGGUUUGGGAUGAGUUGGACCGCAGAGUGAAGGUAAAGCAGCCAACAAGUGCUCAGCAUAUGUGUGAACUCCUUCAAGACUGUUGGAAAAGCAUUCCAGGUGAAGCUGGUUAAGAGAAUGCAAAGAGUGUGCAAAGCUGUCAUCAAGGCAAAGAGUGGCUACUUUAAAGAAUCUAAAAUCUAAAAUUAGUUUUGAUUUGUUUAACACUUUUUUGGUCACUACAUGAUUCCAUAUGUGUUAUUUCAUAGUUUUGAUGUCUUCACUAUUAUUCUACAAAAUGUAGAAAAUAGUAAAAAUAAAGAAAAACCCUGGAAUGAGUAGGUGUGUCUAAACUUUUGACUGGUACUGUACAUCACAGAAGACUGAAAUAUAACAAAACCGCUCGACAUGGAAACACCAGAUUAUUAUUUUAAAAUAUAUAAUGUUUAUUAAUUAGGAAAUUAGGAAGAAUAUUACUAACAUUCCACCCAUGAGGCCACUAAAGGGCGAUUUGGUCAUUCGAAUGCAGGAAAGGGAUUCAAAAUACCUUUGUAUAGGCAUCCUACUAAAAUAUCAUGAAACAAAUUACAAUCACUUAAAACACAAUGUGAAGUGUGUUAUAUUGAGUGGGAUUCUUAUUACCUAUCACACAUAUUGUCUACCAUAAAAGUCCCAGUGUGCUUCUCCAAGCCACUGUGAGUGUUUGGGAGGGAGGGGUGAGGAUCACGUGAAAUCCAGGGAGAUACCAAAUUAAACCAGAUGAAAUGAUGACGAGACCAAGGAGUAUAAAACUGAACAACCUGAACAGUCCGUCUAUACUGGACCAGUCUGUGUGGGAGGAUAUCAGCUUGUCUAUGAACAGGAGGAUCUCUCUGCAUCUAUCGGACCAGUCUGAGGAUGUCUCUUCUUCUGUGGUGGUCCCUGUACUGCCCCGUCUCUAUUUCCCCUCUGACAGAAGCCACCUCUACCCAGCCUGCCUGCUCCCCGCAGGGGGCCUUUGAGCUGCCUGGGUUUUCAGCCCAGGGUGACUUCAUGAUGGGGGGGAUCUUUCCCCUUCACUAUCGGGUGGAGCUGCCUGGGACGGACUACACCCACCAGCCCCUGGCAGCACAGUGUGAAGGGUAAGCCGAGUCACAGGGGGCAUGGAUGUGUGGCUCAAGUCCUACUGUAGAAAACAAGAGUAUGUAGUGGAUAGGUUCUGAUUGUCACGUCCCAUUGGGGGCCUUUGACCCCUACUGUGAACUCUAGUCUAAUGGCUUUUCCUCUUCUCUCCUUUUCUGUGUUUUCCUCCUAAUCCCUUAACACCGUGUCCUGUGCUGGGAUUGUUGCCACAUUCAUUGAGGUCAUAUUUCUCUGUCUAGUUGUAUUGUUCAGACCAGGCUGACCACCAGUGGAAGUGGAACGGGGAUACAUUCUCUCUCUCUCUCUCUCUCUCUCUCUCUCUCUCUCUCUCUCUCUCUCUCUCUCUCUCUCUCUCUCUCUCUCUCUCUCUCUCUCUCUCUCUCUCUCUCUCUCUCUCUCUCUCUCUCUCUCUCUCUCUCUCUCUCUCUCUCUGUGUGUGUAUUCAGGUUUGACCCGAGGGCGUUCCGCUGGGCUCAGACCAUGAGGCUGGCAGUGGAGGAGAUCAACCAGAAUGAGCAGCUGCUGCCCAACCACACGCUGGGCUAUAAGAUCUUUGACUCGUGUGCCACGCCAGUCACGGCUCUGAGAGCAGUCCUGGCGGUGCUGAACGGACAGGGUGAAGAACAGAGCCCUAUGUGUUCCGGUGCCAGCCCGUUAAUAGCCAUGGUAGGGGAGUCUGGCUCCUCACAGUCCAUCGUUUUGUCCAGAACUCUGCAGCCCUUCAGAAUCCCCAUGGUAAGUGACAAUGUUUUGAGGAGAUGUUUUUGCAGGGUGCAGAUCAGGGUUGUAAUGCUGCCAGAGUGCACCGGAGCAUUGCUCUGCCACUUCUCACAGUGGUGCCUGUUUACCACAGUUAGAUCAAAUCUGAAUCGACGUCUGAAAAUUAAAGUAAUGUUCUAUUAGUAUUCUAUAUAACAGAACUGAAUAGCGUAGUAUAACAUGACUGUUAGAUCAAAAAACACGACUUCAUUUCUCAUGAGAUUUUAGGAUGAUAAGCUGAGUGGUCACAUUUUUCUUUCUCAUGCGGCCAAAACUCAACAUUGAGUGGCAAAAUAUGUGCUUUGAUUGAAACAAAAUCCAGGUACAAUAAGCCUAUGCUAUUUGUUACCACCAUCUGCUCCCAUUCGCUCAAGAAACCAUAGUUAGGCCUACAUCAUUCAAGAAGAUCUAAAUGCAUAUUCCCAUGAAACUGAUUAAGCUCAAAUGAUUGGCUGGAGAUGCAUUUCACCGGGAAAACGAGAAUAAUCAUUAUUUACGAUUGACAGAUGGCCUAUUUUAAAAUUAGGCAUGUCUAAUUUGGUGUUUGAUGGUAUUAAAAACAGAACAAUUUAUUGAGACAAUAUGUGUGGGUGUGAACAGACAUUGCAUUUGGAGGAUGCAUUUUAUGCAUAUUCUAAAAAUAAUAUUCAAUAGUCUACAUCUGUCGGUACAAACUUUGAUUGAGAAAUGAUGACUUCAUUUCCUUAGAUGUGGGCUCCGGUACCUCAGAAAAUGCCACUACACCACUGGAGCAGAUGAAAAGGCAUUUAUUGUUUUUAAGUUAAGAUCCACUGCUGAAAUAAGGGGAACUAGAAUAAAAUAAAAUUCAGAAGCUGUGGAUCCGUUUUCUAAUUCAAAACUGUUGAAUUAUUUUAGUGUAAAUAGCUAAUCUACUAUUCAAAAGGGAGGUGUGUCUGUGACUCUGAACACAUAUUUAAAAGUGCUUAUUAACAACUUGUAACUAUAAUUACAUAGUUUGUUAAAUACUGAAUUCAGCAACUAAAUAUGUUGUCUUUUGUUUAUGACUACUGUAAAUAUGAUUAGCCCUCUCAUAAAUAAUACAUUAUUUGUAUAUACUACCAGUCAAAAGUUUGGACACACCUACUCAUUCAAGGGUUUUUCUUUAUUUUUACACUGUAGUAUAAUAGUGAAAACAUCAAAACUAUGAAAUAACACAUAUGGAAUCAUUUAGCAACCAAAAAAGUGUUAAAUAAAUCAAAAUAUAUUUCAUAUUUGAGAUUCUUCAAAUAGCCACCCUUUGCCUUGAAGACAGCUUUGUACACUCUUGGCAUUCUCUCAACCAGCUUCAUGAGGUAGUCACCUGGAAUGCAUUUCAAUUAACAGGUGUGCCUUCUUAAAAGUUAAUUUGUGGAAUUUAUUUCCUUCUUAAUGCAUUUGAGCCAAUCAGUUGUGUUGUGACAAGGUAGGUGGGGUAUACAGAAGAUAGACCUAUUUGGUAAAAUACCAAGUCCAUAUUAUGGCAAGAACAGCUCAAAUAAGCAAAGAGAAACAACAGUCCAUCAAUACUUUAAGACAUGAAAGUCAGUCAAUCAGGAACAUUUCAAACACUUUCAAAGUUUCUUCAAGUGCACGCAAAUACCAUCAAGCGCUAUGAUGAAACUGGCUCUCAUGAGGACCGCCACAGGAAUGGAAGACCCAGAGUUACCUCUGCUGCAGAGGAUAAGUUCAUUAGAGUUACCAGCCUCAGAAAUUGCAGACCAAAUAAAUGCUUCACAGAAUUUAAGUAACAGAGACAUCUCAACAUCAACUGUUCAGAGGAGACUGUGUGAAUCAGGCCUUCAUGGUCAAAUUGCUGCAAAGAAACCACUACUAAAGGACACCAAUACGAAGAAGAGACUUGCUUGGGCCAAGAAACACGAGCAAUGGACAUUAGCCUGGUGGAAAUGUGUCCUUUGGUCUGGAGUCCAAAUUUGAGAUUUUUGGUUCCAACCGCCGUGUCUUGUGAGACACGGUGUGGGUGAAUGGAUGAUCUCCGCAUGUGUAUUUCCCACCGUAAAGCAUGGAGGUGUUAUGGUGUGGGGGUGCUUUGCUGGUGACACUGUCUGUGAUUUAUUUAGAAUUCAAGGCACACUUAACCAGCAUGGCUACCAUAGCAUUCUGCAGCAAUACGCCAUCCCAUCUGGUUUGGGUUUAGUGGGACUUUCAUUUGUUUUUCAACAGGAAAAUGACCCAACACACCUCCAGGCUGUGUAAGGGCUAUUUUACCAAGAAGGAGAGUGAUGGAGUGCUGCAUCAGAUGACCUGGCCUCCACAAUCCUCCGACCUCAACCCAAUUGAGAUGGUUUGGGAUGAGUCGGACCGCAGAGUGAAGGAAAAGCAGCCAACAAGUGCUCAGCAUAUGUGGGAACUCCUUCAAGACUGUUGGAAAAGCAUUCCAGGUGAAGCUGGUUGAGAGAAUGACAAAAGUGUGCAAAGCUGUCAUCAAGGCAAAGAGUGGCUACUUUGAAAAAUAGAAAAUAUAUUUGGAUUUGUUUAACACUUGGUAACUACAUGAUCCCAUAUGUGUUAUUUCAUAGUUUUGAUGUCUUCACUAUUAUUCUACAAUGUAGAAAAUAGUACAAAUAAAGAAAAACCCUGGAAUGAGUAGGUGUGUCCAAACUUUUGACUGGCACUGUAUAUAUUCAUGUAUUUUACAUUUUGUAAUAAUGGUAUAUAAGUGGUUUACAUGCACACCUUGAAAUAAAGUGUAACUAACAUUUGCUUAAAAUAGGUGUUAUAUUUUCUUUCAGAUCAGCUAUUUCUCCACCUGCUCAUGCCUGAGCAACAGGAAAGAAUACCCAACGUUUUUCAGAGUGGUUCCAAAUGACGACUACCAGGUGAAGGCCAUCGCCAGGCUCCUCCAGCGUUUCGGCUGGAAGUGGAUCGGUGUGGUCCGGGAGGAUCACGACUACGGCCACUUCGCCCUGCAGGGCCUGAAGAGGGAGAUCCAGAACACAGAUGUGUGUCUGGCCUACGAUGAGAUGAUCCCUAAAGACUACAGCAGAGAGAGGGUCCUGCAGAUCCUGGAGGUGAUGAGGCGCUCCACAGCGCGUGUGGUGAUAGUCUUCUCUGGGGAGGGAGAGUUAUACCCUUUCCUCAAGGAGUUUGUCAAGCAGAACAUCACUGGUACCCAGUGGGUGGCCAGCGAGGCCUGGGUCACUGCCAAUGUGCUGGCAGAGACUUAUCCAUUCCUGGAUGGGACUAUUGGCUUCGCCAUCCGCUCAGGGAAAGUCCCAGGGCUCAGGGACUACCUGCAGACGGUGAACCCCGGGAGGUACCCCUCUAACCCCCUGGUGCAGCAGCUGUGGGAGGCUCUGUACGGCUGCUCUCCCUCUCCCUCUCUGUCCCCCUCCAGCCCCCUGCUGCCCCCCUGCUCAGGGCAGGAGACUCUCCUGAAGCAACACUCAGCCUACAUGAACACGUCCAGCCCCAGAGUGGCCUAUAACGUGUACAAGGCUGUGUACGCCAUCGCCCACUCCCUGAACAACCUCCUCCACUGCCAGCCAAGGGCAGGACCCUUCAACAACCACACCUGCGCUCACAGCAACAACGUACACCCCUGGCAGGUAUGUGUCAAUUAAUUAAAGUGGGGGAAAAAAAGCAUAUAAUUAUGCAAAUAACUAAACAGAUGAAUGUUUAAAAGAUUUAGGUGUGUCAACAAAUGUAAUUUGUUAAAGAAUGAGACAAUUAUUUUCCUCUUAUCAUAGCUCCAGCAAUAUCUCCAGGACGUGUCCUUCACUGUAUCAGGAGAAAAUAUUAACUUUGACCAGAAAGGGGACGCCAUCCCGUCCUAUGACCUCAUCAACUGGCAGAGGGAGCCAAACGGAGGUCCCCGCUUUGUCACAGUGGGGCUGUACGAUGGCGCAAAGGAUUCUGGGAAGGAGCUGGCAAUCCAGGAAGAGAAGAUAGUGUGGGCGAGGCAUCAGAGCAAGGCAAGCUGCUCACACUGUGUAUUUAACCACAUCAGAUGCCAACUGUUGACGUUCUGUAGAGAGACCUUUAUGUAAGUGCCUCUGCAUGGUGAAUGUAAACUCAUUAUUAUAGUUUUUUUUAAACAGGUUUAUUUGUCCUGAAAUAUUUUUGUUUCUCCAAAGCUUGUAUUGCAGGUAACCCAGUUUAUGCGUUCCAAUGCUUGAUUCUCCUUUGUUAUUCUCUGACCAUGCACUGUCAGGGAGAUUUCUCAAAUUAUCUCAUAUUGAGUGCCCUCUAGUGGCUGGUAUAAUAUUACAUUUUAAAUUUUAGUCAUUUAGCAGACGCUCUUAUCCAGAGCGACUUACAGUUAGUGAGUGCAUACAUUUUUCAUACUGCCCCCCCUGUGGGAAUCGAACCCACAACCCUUGGCGUUGCAAGCGCCAUGCUCUACCAACUGAACUAUAGGAGGGACUAUGAGUAUUGAGGUAGCAGGAAAAUAUUGGUCUUUGUUGUAUUCAGGUGGUGGUCUCCGUGUGCAGUGCCAGCUGUGCUCCAGGAUCCAGGAAGGCUGUCCGUCGUGGGGAGCCUCUGUGCUGCUUUGACUGUGUACCAUGUGACAGCGGCAAGAUUAGUAAUCAGACAGGUGAGGACUCUGAUAUUCCCUAAUCAAUAGAAUGACUUAUCUGUAGAUUAGUAAUCAGACAGGUGAGGACUCUGAUAUUCCCUAAUCAAUAGAAUGACUUAUCUGUAGAUUAGUAAUCAGACAGGUGAGGACUCUGAUAUACCCUAAUCAAUAGAAUGACUUAUCUGUAGAUUAGUAAUCAGACAGGUGAGGACUCUGAUAUUCCCUAAUCAAUAGAAUGACUUAUCUGUAGAUUAGUAAUCAGACAGGUGAGGACUCUGAUAUACCCUAGUCAAUAGAAUGACUUAUCUGUAGAUUAGUAAUCAGACAGGUGAGGACUCUGAUAUUCCCUAAUCAAUAGAAUGACUUAUCUGUAGAUUAGUAAUCAGACAGGUGAGGACUCUGAUAUACCCUAGUCAAUAGAAUGACUUAUCUGUAGAUUAGUAAUCAGACAGGUGAGGACUCUGAUAUUCCCUAAUCAAUAGAAUGACUUAUCUGUAGAUUAGUAAUCAGACAGGUGAGGACUCUGAUAUACCCUAGUCAAUAGAAUGACUUAUCUGUAGAUUAGUAAUCAGACAGGUGAGGACUCUGAUAUUCCCUAAUCAAUAGAAUGACUUAUCUGUAGAUUAGUAAUCAGACAGGUGAGGACUCUGAUUUACCCUAAUCAAUAGAAUGACUUAUCUGUAGAUUAGUAAUCAGACAGGUGAGGACUCUGAUAUUCCCUAAUCAACAGAAUGACUUAUCUGUAGAUUAGUAAUCAGACAGGUGAGGACUCUGAUAUUCCCUAAUCAAUAGAAUGACUUAUCUGUAGAUUAGUAAUCAGACAGGUGAGGACUCUGAUAUUCCCUAAUCAAUAGAAUGACUUAUCUGUAGAUUAGUAAUCAGACAGGUGAGGACUCUGAUAUUCCCUAGUCAAUAGAAUGACUUAUCUGUAGAUUAGUAAUCAGACAGGUGAGGACUCUGAUAUACCCUAGUCAAUAGAAUGACUUAUCUGUAGAUUAGUAAUCAGACAGGUGAGGACUCUGAUAUUCCCUAAUCAAUAGAAUGACUUAUCUGUAGAUUAGUAAUCAGACAGGUGAGGACUCUGAUAUACCCUAGUCAAUAGAAUGACUUAUCUGUAGAUUAGUAAUCAGACAGGUGAGGACUCUGAUAUUCCCUAAUCAAUAGAAUGACUUAUCUGUAGAUUAGUAAUCAGACAGGUGAGGACUCUGAUUUACCCUAAUCAAUAGAAUGACUUAUCUGUAGAUUAGUAAUCAGACAGGUGAGGACUCUGAUAUUCCCUAAUCAAUAGAAUGACUUAUCUGUAGAUUAGUAAUCAGACAGGUGAGGACUCUGAUAUUCCCUAAUCAAUAGAAUGACUUAUCUGUAGAUUAGUAAUCAGACAGGUGAGGACUCUGAUAUUCCCUAAUCAAUAGAAUGACUUAUCUGUAGAUUAGUAAUCAGACAGGUGAGGACUCUGAUAUACCCUAGUCAAUAGAAUGACUUAUCUGUAGAUUAGUAAUCAGACAGGUGAGGACUCUGAUAUUCCCUAAUCAAUAGAAUGACUUAUCUGUAGAUUAGUAAUCAGACAGGUGAGGACUCUGAUAUACCCUAGUCAAUAGAAUGACUUAUCUGUAGAUUAGUAAUCAGACAGGUGAGGACUCUGAUAUUCCCUAAUCAAUAGAAUGACUUAUCUGUAGAUUAGUAAUCAGACAGGUGAGGACUCUGAUAUACCCUAGUCAAUAGAAUGACUUAUCUGUAGAUUAGUAAUCAGACAGGUGAGGACUCUGAUAUUCCCUAAUCAAUAGAAUGACUUAUCUGUAGAUUAGUAAUCAGACAGGUGAGGACUCUGAUUUACCCUAAUCAAUAGAAUGACUUAUCUGUAGAUUAGUAAUCAGACAGGUGAGGACUCUGAUAUUCCCUAAUCAAUAGAAUGACUUAUCUGUAGAUUAGUAAUCAGACAGGUGAGGACUCUGAUAUUCCCUAAUCAAUAGAAUGACUUAUCUGUAGAUUAGUAAUCAGACAGGUGAGGACUCUGAUAUUCCCUAAUCAAUAGAAUGACUUAUCUGUAGAUUAGUAAUCAGACAGGUGAGGACUCUGAUAUUCCCUAGUCAAUAGAAUGACUUAUCUGUAGAUUAGUAAUCAGACAGGUGAGGACUCUGAUAUUCCCUAGUCAAUAGAAUGACUUAUCUGUAGAUUAGUAAUCAGACAGGUGAGGACUCUGAUAUUCCCUAGUCAAUAGAAUGACUUAUCUGUAGAUUAGUAAUCAGACAGGUGAGGACUCUGAUAUUCCCUAAUCAAUAGAAUGACUUAUCUGUAGAUUAGUAAUCAGACAGGUGAGGACUCUGAUAUUCCCUAAUCAAUAGAAUGACUUAUCUGUAGAUUAGUAAUCAGACAGGUGAGGACUCUGAUUUACCCUAAUCAAUAGAAUGACUUAUCUGUAGAUUAGUAAUCAGACAGGUGAGGACUCUGAUAUUCCCUAAUCAAUAGAAUGACUUAUCUGUAGAUUAGUAAUCAGACAGGUGAGGACUCUGAUAUACCCUAAUCAAUAGAAUGACUUAUCUGUAGAUUAGUAAUCAGACAGGUGAGGACUCUGAUAUUCCCUAAUCAAUAGAAUGACUUAUCUGUAGAUUAGUAAUCAGACAGGUGAGGACUCUGAUUUACCCUAAUCAAUAGAAUGACUUAUCUGUAGAUUAGUAAUCAGACAGGUGAGGACUCUGAUUUACCCUAAUCAAUAGAAUGACUUAUCUGUAGAUUAGUAAUCAGACAGGUGAGGACUCUGAUAUUCCCUAAUCAAUAGAAUGACUUAUCUGUAGAUUAGUAAUCAGACAGGUGAGGACUCUGAUAUUCCCUAAUCAAUAGAAUGACUUAUCUGUAGAUUAGUAAUCAGACAGGUGAGGACUCUGAUAUACCCUAAUCAAUAGAAUGACUUAUCUGUAGAUUAGUAAUCAGACAGGUGAGGACUCUGAUUUGGUGAGGACUCUGACUCUCUACCCUAGACACAGUUGAGUGCACUAUGCUCAUCUUUUUAUUUUACUAACUAUUUGCAACACAAGAAAAUUGUUUCAAUUAUCUAAAAUAAGCUUACACUACCAGUCAAAAGUUUGGACACACCUACUCAUACAAGGGUUUUUCUUUAAUUUUACUAUUUUCUACAUUGUAGAAUAAUAGUGAAGACAUCAAAACUAUGAAAUAACACAUAUGGAAUCAUGUAGUAACCAAAAAAGUGUUAAACAAAUACAAAUAUAUUUUAUAUUUGAGAUUCUUCAAAUAGCUACCCUUUGCCUUGAUGACAGCUUUGCACACUCUUGGCAUUCUCUCAACCAGCUUCACCUGGAAUGCUUUUCCAACAGUCUUGAAGGAGUUCCCAUAUAUGUUGAGCACUUGUUGGCUGCUUUUCCUUCACUCUGCGGUCCGACUCAUCCCAAACCAUCUCAAUUGGGUUGAGGUCAGGUGAUUGUGGAGGCCAAGUCAUCUGAUGCAGCAUUCCAUUACUCUCCUUCUUGGUAAAAUAGCCCUUACACAGUCUGGAGGUGUGUUGGGUCAUUGUCCUGUUGAAAAACAAAUGAAAGUCCCACUAAACCCAAACCAGAUGGGAUGGCGUAUCACUGCAGAAUGCUAUGGUAGCCAUGCUGGUUAAGUGUGCCUUGAAUUCUAAAUAAAUCACUGAUAGUGUCACCAGCAAAGCACCCCCACACCAUAACACCUCCUCCUCCAUGAUUUACGGUGGGAAAUACACAUGCAGCGAUCAUCCGUUCACCCACACCGCGUCUCACAAAGACAAGGCGGUUGGAACCAAAAAUCUCAAAUUUGGACUCCAGACCAAAGGACACAUUUCCACCAGUCUAAUAUCCAUUGCUCGUGUUUCUUGGCCCAAGCAAGUCUCUUCUUAUUAUUGGUGUCCUUUAGUAGUGGUUUCUUUGCAGCAAUUCGACCAUGAAGGCAUGAUUCACACAGUCUCCUCUGAACAGUUGAUGUUGAGAUGUGUCUGUUACUUGAACUCUGUGAAGCAUUUAUUUUGGCUACAAUUUCUGAGGCUGGUAACUCUAAUGAACUUAUCCUCUGCAGCAGAGGUAAAUCUGGGUGUUCCAUUCCCCCACUACCUUGUCACAACACAACUGAUUGGCUCAAACGCAUUAAGAAGGCACACCUGUUAAUUGAAAUGCAUUCCAGGUGACUACCUCAUGAAGCUGGUUAAGAGAAUGCCAAGAGUGUGCAAAGCUGUCAUCAAGGCAAAGGGUGGCUAUUUGAAGAAUUUGUUUAUCACUUUUUUGGUUACCACAUAAUUCCAUAUGUUUUUUUUCAUAGUUUUGAUGUCUUCACUAAAUUUCUACAAUGUAGAAGAUAGUCAAAAUGAAGAAUAAACCCUUGAAUGAGUAGGUGUGUCCAAACUUUUGACUGGAACUGUAUAUUUAUAAAUUUUUACCCAUCUUUUCAAAAUAAAAGUUUUGGUAUUUUUUUAUGUUUUGGACAGAUAUUUUAAUUUGAUUUGAUUUGAUUUAUUAGGAUUCCCAUGGUGACAGCUAGUCUUACUGGGGGUCCGACAUAUAACAAAAAAAGACAAAAUACUUUACAAUUUACAUUGAAAAACGUUAACAUGUAGAUUGUGUGUGCUUACAUUUGAUAUAUAUCAUCCAUUGCCACUUGUUAUGAACAUUUGUCUGUUAUUCAUUCAAAAUGUUCUGUAAUACUCAGAGGCUGAGAAAUUGCCGAUUGAGCUAAUCUGACAUACCGGUACGACUUAAGAUGGCCACUGAUAUGGGCGAUAUAGGCGAUUUGAGCACCGGUGCCAUCAGAUUUUUAGCUCUAACUUUGGAAUGCUAUGGGCUAUCAACUCCAUUCCAAUUGCAUCUGAAAGAUGAGACUCUGGACUUGGUAUAGAGACACUGACUGGAAGCUAUUGUAAAUAUGUAUUUUUUCAAGGUUUAACUUUUUAGUUCACAUUUUCAGCUUAGCCACGCACCACUGGUAUACAGAGAGAUAAUUUGUCAUUCUUACAUACUAACACAGAAAUCUAAUAAGUAACUAGUUGCUUGACAAAGUCCUGAAAUUUCAGAAGGAUAAAAUAAAAGAGUUUAGAAAUUAUGACAAUUGACCCUUGUUGGAAUUUUAAGGGUUAACCUCUGCCCACCAGUUCCACUUCUGCCACCAAAUGUCACUUAUGUGUAGGAUAUCACGACUGCAUCUGUGGUCCUCUGUAGCUCAGCUGGUAGAGCACGGCGCUUAUAACGCCAAGGUAGUGGGUUCGAUCCCCGGGACCACCCAUACACAAAAAAAAAAUGUAUGCACGCAUGACUGUAAGUCGCUUUGGAUAAAAGCGUCUGCUAAAUGGCAUAUUAUUUUUAUUAUUAUAUCACAUACCCAUCAUUGAUAAAUUCCUAAUCUCUUUCUCUCUGUUUUUCUGUGUAGAUUCUAUAGACUGCACAGAAUGUCCCGAGGACUACUGGUCAAACGCUGAUGGAACAUUGUGCAUCCCCAAAGGGGUGGAGUUCCUUUCCCAUGAUGCAAUGGGGAUAGCCCUGACGGUGAUCGCUGUAGUGGGCGCCUGUCUGACCGUGUCCGUCCUGGCGGUCUUCCUCCAUCACAGGACCACUCCCAUUGUCCGCGUCAACAACUCUGAGCUGAGUUUCUCUAUCCUUUUCUCCCUGACUCUGUGCUUCCUGUGUGCGCUGAUGUUCAUCGGGGAGCCCACCUCCUGGUCCUGCAUGCUGCGCCACACCACCUUCAGCAUCACCUUCUCCCUCUGCAUCUCCUGCAUCCUGGGCAAAACUCUGGUGGUCCUGGCUGUCUUCACUUCCACCAGGCCUGGGAACAACAUCAUGAAGUGGCUGGGGCCCAAACAGCAGAGGGUCAUCAUCUUCUGCUGCACCCUGGUUCAGGUGCUGAUCUGUGCUGCCUGGCUCAUCGCUGCCCCUCCCUACCCAUCCAGAAACACCCAGGACCAACGCUCUAAGAUUAUUCUGGAGUGCAGUGUGGGCUCUCAACUGGCCUACUGGUGUGUUCUGGGAUACAUCGGCCUCUUGGCCUGUCUGUGCUUCAUCCUGGCAUUUCUUGCCCGGAAACUGCCGGGCAACUUCAACGAGGCCAAGUUCAUCACCUUCAGCAUGCUGAUCUUCUGUGCCGUGUGGAUCUCCUUCAUCCCAGCCUACGUCAGCUCUCCUGGGAAGUACACAGUAGCUGUAGAGAUCUUUGCCAUCCUGGCCUCCAGCUUUGGGCUGCUGUUCUGUCUGUUUGCUCCAAAGUGUUUCAUCAUCCUCCUGAAGCCAGAGAAGAACACUAAACAACAUAUCAUGGGGAAGAAAUAAAAAUGUAUAGAUCAAUGAGGACACCUUUAAUUGUUAGAGUUUUAAGUUGACUUACCUACCGUAAACCCAUAAAUGAAAUAGAUGUUCAUAGUGUCUUCGGGACAUUUUUGUGGAAUGUGGUAAGCUAGAAAUUAUGAUUUAUUACUGUACCAUUUUCCUGAUCAAAGAUAUAGCUCACCCAAAUUAGCUAAUUUUAUGGUUACUGUAUCUAGAGAGAGUCAUGCUAUGUUUUUGUUUUAACAAUGAUUAUUUCAUUAUCAUUAGACAGUGGUUAUUAUAGAUGUUAUUGUUUUUUGCAGUAUCUUAAUUAUUGUUUUAAUUUAGUAAUUUUACUGUUUCCCCUUCCUUUUGUCAUAUUAUUCUGGUUACUAAGCAUCAUUUGUUUCUCCUUUUUUUGUCCUUUAAAAACAAAAUGGUGCAUCUCAAAGAGUUUUCAUCCUGAAAAUUUUCAAAUAAAUAAUUAAACGCUACAGCAUUUGAAUCAUGCUACCAGAGGUCUUACGUAAACACAAUAACACUAAUGCUAGGUGGUAGCGUUGGUAAACAAACUGUAAUCAUACCCUCAUCUCUAGCCUAGAUACCACUUUAUGGUACAGCAUAAACAUCUGUCAAACGUUGGUCAGUCAAACAUCUUUGGGGGGGGGGUUGCAUUGUUUGUGACGAUGUCAUAGGCCUUCUUAACAGAUGUCCAAUCCAGGGCCUGUCUUGUCAGUAAUGAGAUGCAGACAUACGAUAGGGCUAUAUAUAUAACUGCUCUCCUUCCCUCUCUCUGACUGUUAGAGGGGAUAGGUGUGAGUGAGGAUGUCUCUGCUGUUCUUGUGGUCUCUAUCUGCCUCAGUCUCUUCCCUCUCCCUCACACUCACCCCCUCCUCCACCCUAGCCCCAGACACAGAGUGUGUUCUGCAGAGUGACUUUGAGCCUGUGUUCGUGGCUGAUGGUGACUUUGUCAUUGGGGGUAUUUUCCCCCUGCACUACAACCAGGAGAUGCCAGACGUCAACUACACCUACAGACCAACAGCAGUCAGGUGCAACGGGUGAGUUUUCAGUGUUAACCAGUAAUAGACUAUUUGACCUUUAACCAUCUUUCCCUCUUCUAGUUUCUAGUUUUCUCUUUUCCCUCCUUUUAUUGUCACUUUCUCUGUUUUUCUAACACUCUCUCCUCAUCCUUCCUCCCCUCCUCCUACUCUCACUCUCCGUCUACUUUACUCUCUCACUAAUGACUCUGUUUUGUUUGUCACUCUCUCUCUCUCUCUCUCUCUCUCUCUCUCUCUCUCUCUCUCUCUCUCUCUCUCUCUCUCUCUCCUCUCUCUCUCUCUCUCUCUCUCUCUCUCUCUCUCUCUCUCUCUCUCUCUCUCUCUCUCUCUCUCUCUCUCUGUGUAUUCAGGUUUGACCCGAGGGCGUUCCGCUGGGCUCAGACCAUGAGGCUGGCAGUGGAGGAGAUCAACCAGAAUGAGCAGCUGCUGCCCAACCACACGCUGGGCUACAAGAUCUUUGACUCGUGUGCCUAUCCUCUGACGGGGCAGAGGGCUGCACUGGCUGUGUUGAACGGACUGGACCAGGCGCACAGUCACAUGUGUUCUGGUGCCUCUCCUCUCCUGGCCGUCAUUGGAGAAUCGGGUUCUGCUCAGUCUAUUGUUGUGUCCAGAAUCCUGCAGCCCUUUAAAAUACCCAUGGUAGGGCUCCACUGAGAGUUCAGCUAUGUUAAGGAUUUUUAUUUUAUUUUGUAUUAUUUGACUUAUCGAUCAACUACAGACUUGGGAUACUGUAUAACCUUUCUGAUUCUCUGUGUGUAAAUAUGUAUAUGAAAAGGUCAUUUCCAAAAUGCUAUAUCCACACAUUAAAUCAGAAAUGAUUGCUUAUGGGUACCUUCAUGUGUGUGUAAAAUAUUACUGUUCUCAAAUUUUUUUUUUCAUAGAUUUGAGAAAAUGUGUUUAUUCGAAAAACGCUAUAUAUCCAUUGUUUAGCUGGAAUGGAAUGUACAUAUCAUGUCUAUUUAACUGUGAUAUGUGAUUGUCUCACUGAACUAUCUUAAGAUAAAUGCACUUACUGUAAGUCACUCUGGAUAAGAGCGCAUCUGCUAAAUGACUCAAAUGUAAAAUAUAAAUGUUUUACAUACAGAUCUCAUAUUACUGUAUUGAAUUAUUAUUAUCAUUAUUAUUAUUAUUAUUAUUAUUAUUAUUAUUAUUAUGAUUAUAUACAUGACUGUCUACAACAUAGAAGUCCUACUUAUUUCUCUGAGAGUGAGGCGGAUGUAUAGCAUUUAGCAAAAAAAACAAGUGAUAGAUUUUAAACAAAUACAUGUGUCAUUGAACAACCCCAUGCCAUGAUUAGAUAGUGAAAAAACACACCAAUCUCUUUCAUCAUUUCUUUCAACAAUAAAAGCUAAUUUACCAACAUUUCUGAAAAUGUAUAUAUAGCGUUUUGGAAUGAAACUCUUCAUAUGAGCGCUAUAGAAAGAAGGAGUGUGUCACUAACCAUGUCUUUCCUCAGAUCAGCUACUUCUCGUCGUGUGCGUGCCUCAGUGACAGGAGGGAGUACCCCACCUUCUUCAGAGUGAUCCCCAACGAUGACUACCAGGUGAAAGCCUGGAAUUAAAUCAAAAAGGAUUAGGCAAUGAUCUCAUAAAUCUCAAGACUCUUCAAGAAGUAUUUUUCUGAAGUGGGAGCCAAAUGGAUCUCCCUGCAGUCAACUAAAUGGAGUGAAGCAACGUAUGUUCACUUCCUGGUCUGUUAUGGCCUAGUUUCUGACUGAUCCUCCUUUCUCCCAUCCCAGGUGAAGGCUAUGGCUCAGCUGCUGGUGCGGUAUGACUGGCGCUGGGUGGGGGUGGUACGUGGGGACCAUGAAUAUGGGCACUUCGCCCUACAGGGGCUGCUGAGGGAGCUGGAGGGGACGGGGGUGUGUGUGGCCUACCAGGAGAUGAUCCCUCUACUCUAUAACCAGCAGAGGGCGCUGGAGAUCAUAGAGGUACGAAGAGAGGACGGGAGAGGGACUGUUCUGUCCCUGACGGAAAUGUGUCUUGCAUAUUCAAAACAACCUUAGUACCCCCCCUCAUGCUUCUUACCCCUAAAAUUUCCCCUGAUAACUCCUGGGCUAUCAUAGCGGAUGAGACUGUUUUUCCAAAAUCGUCUCUAACAACCUAUAUACAACUAUCUCUCCCUGUCUAACUCCUUCUACCCCUGUCGCUCAUCUCUUCCCCUUCUAACUCGACUCCACCCUGUCCUCCCUCCUCUAGCCCACCCUCCUAGACCGGAAAAAACUGCCUCCCUCCCUCAACUCAUGCUCGCAACCCGGCCCGUCCAUCCCCCUACUCUACGCAACCACGCACGCCCUCUCACGGGGACUCCCGGGCACCCUGUCUAAACCUCACGCGCCCGGGCUAACACUCACUCUCCCACUGUACCCGAAACCUCGCUCUCGACCGGCUAACGGUCACCGCCCUCUCUCCCUCCGCGCUAACGACCUACUGAUCCCCUGUCUCCUAUCGGUCAAAGGCACUUCUGAAGCUCCCCGCCCUCUACAUCCUUCAACCAACGCCGUCAAAACUCACCCCUCUCCCCUGUCUCCUCUCUCGCUCCCCUUCUAACUCCUCUCUCUCCCCUUCUAACUCUCUCUCUCCCCUUCUAACUCCUCUCUCUCCCUGUCUCCUUCUCUCUCUCCCCUUCUAACUCCCCUCUCACCCUGUCUCCUUCUCUCUCCUUCCUCUCCCCUCUAUUCUUCCUCCAUCUCUCCCACCUCUACCCUCCAUUAUCUUCUCAUUUCUCCCCUCUCUCUAUUCCCCUGUCUCCCUCUCUCUCUUCUCUCUAGGUCAUGCGUAGCUCCACAGCCAGGGUAGUGGUGGUGUUCUCUGCUGAGGGGGAAAUGACUCCCUUCCUGAAGGACUACAUGGCACAGAACAUUACAGGGAUCCAGUGGGUGGCCAGCGAGGCCUGGGUCACCGCCUCUCUCUUCACCACCAGCGAGUACUUCCCCUACCUGGGGGGCACCAUUGGCUUUGGGAUAAGGACGGGACAAGUCCCAGGGCUCAGGGACUACCUGCAGACGGUGAACCCCGGGAGGUACCCCUCUAACCCCCUGGUGCAGCAGCUGUGGGAGGCUCUGUACGGCUGCUCUCCCUCUCCCUCUCUGUCCCCCUCCAGCCCCCUGCUGCCCCCCUGCUCAGGGCAGGAGACUCUCCUGAAGCAACACUCAGCCUACAUGAACACGUCCAGCCCCAGGGUGGCCUAUAAUGUGUACAAGGCUGUGUACGCCAUCGCCCACUCCCUGAAAAACCUCCUCCACUGCCAGCCAAGGGCAGGACCCUUCAACAACCACACCUGCGCUCACAGCAACAACGUACAACCCUGGCAGGUACAGGUAUAGUAACUAUCUGGACCGUUUGAAAAAAGUAUACAACAGCUCAUGUACAGUAACUGUUCAAAAUCUGUCUUCUCUAGCACAUCCAUAUGGUAACUGCCAGCUAUAGGGCUUCAUACCACUCUGCAAAUAUAUCACAUCUCUUUUUUUUUCAAAGCUGCAGCACUAUAUACAGGAAGUUGCCUUUUCCAUUUCUGGGGAGGAGGUGAACUUUGACCUGAAAGGGGAUUCCAUCCCCUACUAUGACAUCAUCAACUGGCAGAGAGGCUCAGGUGGGAACAUGGAGUUCAUCAACGUGGGUCUGUUCGACGGUGCAAAGGACUCUGGGAAGGAGUUGGUGAUCCAGGAAGAGAAGAUAGUGUGGGCGGGGCAUCAGAGCAAGGCAAGCUGCUCACACUGUGUAUUUAACCACAUCAGAUGCCAACUGUUGACGUUCUGUAGGGUGAGGUGGAGGUAAGUAGGGGGAAUGGGAUAGGUUGGGAUUUGAUGAAAUACUGUGAUUCCAAUGUAAGAUGCAUGUUGGUCUUGCAAUGUCUCCCUCUCACAUAGUGUUAAGUAAAAAAAAUUGUAUUAAUGAAGACAACGAUACAUUUUAUGCUAAAUGUAUUAAACUGGUUCAUGGUUCAUGGUGAACCAGCCUAAUCAGCGUUGUCUCUGUGGUAUUCAGGUGGUGGUCUCCGUGUGCAGCGCCAGUUGUGCUCCAGGAUCCAGGAAGGCUGUCCGUCGUGGGGAGCCUCUGUGCUGCUUUGACUGUGUACCAUGUGACAGCGGCAAGAUUAGUAAUCAGACAGGUCCGUCAGUGAGGACUCUGCUCUGAUGCUUAUCUGUAAUUAGUAAUCAGACAGGUGAGCUCUGAUUCCUAAUCAUAGAUGACUUAUCUGUAAUUAGUAAUCAUACAGGUGAGGACCUGAUAUACCCUAAUCAAUAGAUGACUAUCUGUAGAUUAGUAAUCAACAGUGAGACUCUGAUACCCUAAUCAUAGAAUGACUAUCUGUAGAUUAGUAUCAACAGGUGAGACUCUGAUUUCCCUUCAAUAGAAUGACUUUCUGUAGAUUAGUAAUCGACGGUGAGGACCUGUUUCCCUAUCAUAGAAUGCUUAUCUGUAGAUUAGACAGGUUAGGACUCGGAUUAUUCCCCUAGUCACUAGAAUGACUUAAUUUAGAUUAGUAAUCAGACAGGUGAGGACUCGGAUAUUCCCUAAUCAAUAGAAUGACUUAUCUGUAGAUUAGUAUCAGACAGGUGAGGACUCUGAUAUUCCCUAAUCAAUAGAAUGACUUAUCGUAGAUUAGUAAUCAGACAGGUGAGGACUCUGAUAUAACCCUAAUCAAUAGAAUGACUUAUCUGUAGAUUAGUAAUCAGACAGGUGAGGAACUCUGAUAUUCCCUAAAUCAAUAGAAUGACUUAUCUGUGAUUAGUAAUCAGACAGGUGAGGACUCUGAUAUUCCCUAGUCAAUAGAAUGACUUAUCUGUAGAUUAGUAAUCAGACAGUGAGGACUCUGAUAUUCCCUAGUCAAUAGAAUGACUUAUCUGUAGAUUAGUAAUCAGACAGGUGAGGACUCUGAUAUACCCUAAUCAAUAGAAUGACUUAUCUAUAGAUUAGUAAUCAGACGGUGAGGACUCUGAUAUUCCCCUAAUCAAUAGAAUGACUUAUCUAUAGAUUAGUAAUCGACGAGGUGAGGACUCCUGAUAUUCCCUAAAAUCAAUAGAAUGAUUAUCGUGUAGAUUAGUAAUCAGACAGGUGAGGACUCUGAUAUACCCUACUCAUAGAAAUGACUUAUCUGUAGAUUAGUAAAUCAUACAGGUGAGGACUCUGAUAUUCCCCUCAAUAGAAAUGAUUUCGUAGAUUUGUAAAGCAACAGGUGAGGACUCGUUGAUAUUCCCUAGUCAAUAGAAUGAACUUAUCUGUAUAUUAUAUCAGACAGGUGAGGACUCUGAUAUUCCCUAGUCAAUAAAUGAACUUAUCGUAAGAUUAGUAAUCAGACAGGUGAGGACGUCUGAUAUACCCUAAUCAAUUCGACUGACUUAUCUAUAAUUGUGAAUCAGACAGGUGAUGACCUGAAUAUUCCCCUAAUCACUAUAAUGACUUAUCUGUAGAUAGUAUCAGACAGGUAGAGGACGUCUGAUUAUGUCCUAAUCAUAGAAUGACUUAUCUUAGAUUAUUAAUCAGACAGGUGAGGACUCUGAUAAUACCCUAAUCCAAUAGAAUGACUAUCUGUAGAUUAGUAAUCAGACAGGUUGAGUACUCUGAUAUUGCGGCCUAAAUCAAUAGAAUGACUUAUCUGUAUAUUGUAAUCAGAAACAAGGUGUAGGAGCUUGGUCUGAAUAUUCCCUAGUCAAUUAGAAUGACUUAUCUGUAGCUUAGUAAUCAGACAGGUGAGUACCUGAUAUUGCCCUGAGUCAAUCGAAUGCUUAUCUGUAUAUAGUAUCAGACAGGUGAGGACUCUGAUAUAACCCUAAGCAAUAGAAUGACUUUAUCUAUAGAUUAUAAUCGGACCGUGAGGACUCUGAUAUUCCCUAAUCAAUAGGAAUGCUUAUCUAAGAUUAGUAUCAGACAGGUGAGGACUCGGGCUGAUUACCCUAAUCACAAGAAUGACUUAUCUGGAAUUAGUAAUCAGACAGGUGAAGGACUCUGAUAUACCCUAAUCAAUAGAAUGACUUAUCUAUGAUUAGUAAACAGGACAGGUGAGGACUCUGAUAUUCCCUAAUCAAUAGAAUGACUUAAUCUGUAGAUUAGUAAUCAGACAGGUGAGGACUCUGAUAUACCCUAAUCAAUAGAAUGGACUUAUCUGUAGAUUAGUAAUCAGACAGGUGAGGACUCUGAUUUACCCUAAUCAAUAGAAUGACUUAUCUGUUAGAUUAGUAAUCAGACAGGUGAGGACUCUGAUUUACCCUAAUCAAUAGAAUGACUUAUCUGUAGAUUAGUAAUCAGACAGGUGAGGACUCUGAUUUACCCUAAUCAAUAGAAUGACUUAUCUGUAGAUUAGUAAUCAGACAGGUGAGGACUCUGAUAUACCCUAAUCAAUAGAAUGACUUAUCUGUAGAUUAGUAAUCAGACAGGUGAGGACUCUGAUAUUCCCUAAUCAAUAGAAUGACUUAUCUGUAGAUUAGUAAUCAGACAGGUGAGGACUCUGAUUUACCCUAAUCAAUAGAAUUACUUAUCUGUAAAUUAGUAAUCAGACAGGUGAGGACUCUGAUAUACCCUAAUCAAUAGAAUGACUUAUCUGUAGAUUAGUAAUCAGACAGGUGAGGACUCUGAUUUGGUGAGGACUCUGACUCUCUACCCUAGAUACAGAUGAGUGCACUAUGCUCAUCUUGUCCAUGUGUUGUGUUGAUGCUGACAGAAAGGGCCUUGUUUUGUCCAGGAGCACGUCCUCCUCCACUUGUCUUAUUCCUGUAGCCUCCUUUAACAUUAAAAGCACCAACGUAUUUUUGGUUGAAUAGUGCCAACUGGUAAUACCCUAAUUUACCCCAAAUUGGUAAUGAUUGCAAAGAGACACUGUCUGUCAACAUUUACAUUUACAUCAUUUAGCAGACGCUCUUAUCCAGAGCGACUUACAAAUUGGUGCAUUCAACUUAUGAAAGCCAGUGGGACAACCACUUUUUUUUUAUGGGGGGGGGGGGGGUAGAAGGAUUACUUUAUACUAUUCCAGGUGUUCCUUAAAGAGGUAGGGUUUCAAGUGUCUCCGGAAGGUGGUCAGUGACUCCGCUAUCCUGGCGUCAUGGGGGAGCUUGUUCCACCAUUGGGGUGCCAGAGCAGCGAAUAGCUUUGACUGGGCUGAGCGGGAACUAUGCUUCCGUAGAGGUAGGGGAACUAGCAGGCCAGAGGUGGAUGAACGUAGUGCCCUCAUUUGGGUGUAGGGUCUGAUCAGAGCCUGAAGGUAAGGAGGUGCCGUUCCCCUCACAGCUCCAUAGGCAAGCAUCAUGGUCUUGUAGUAGAUGCGAGCCUCAACUGGAAGCCAGUGGAGUGUGCGGAGGAGCGGGGUGAGGUGAGAGAACUUGGGAAGGUUGAACACCAGACGGGCUGCAGCAUUCUGGAUAAGUUGUAGGGGUUUAAUGACACAGGCAGGGAGCCCAGCCAACAGCGAGUUGCAGUAAUCCAGACGGGAGAUGACAAGUGCCUGGAUUAGGACCUGUGCCGCUUUCUGUCAAGCAGUAACACUUUUUAUUUGAUUAACACUUUGUAACACAAGUAAAUGGUUUGAGCUCAGGUGCAUCCUGUUUCCAUUGAUCAUCCUUAAGAUGUUUCUACAACUUGAUUGAAGUCCACCUGUGGUAAAUUCAAUUGAUUGGACAUGAUUUGGAAAGGCACACACCUGUCUAUAUAAGGUCCCACAGUUGACAGUGCAUGUCAGAGCAAAAACCAAGCCAUGAGGUCGAAGGAAUUGUCCGUAGAGAUCCAAGAAAGGAUUGUGCUGAGGCACAGAUCUGGGGAAGGGUACCAAAACAUUUCUGCAGCAUUGAAGGUCCCCAAGAACACAGUGGCCUCCAUCAUUCUUAAAUGGAAGAAGUUUGGAACCACCAAGACUCUUCCUAGAGCUGGCCGCCCGGCCAAAUUGAGCAAUCGGGGGAGAAGGGCCUUGGUCAGGGAGGUGACCAAGAACCCGAUGGUCACUCUGACAGAGCUCCAUAGUUAAUCUGUGGAGAUGGUAGAACCUUCCAGAAGGACAACCAUCUCUGCAGCACUACACCAAUAAGGCCUUUAUGGUAGUGUGGCCAGACAGAAGCCAUUCCUCAGUAAAAGGCACAUGACAGCCUGCUUGGAGUUUGCCGAAAGGCACCUAAAGGACUCUCAGACCAUGAGAAACAAGAUUCUCUGGUCUGAUUAAACCAAGAUUGAUCUCUUUGGCCUGAAUACCAAGUGUUAUUUCUGGAGGAAACCUGGCUCCAUCCCUAUGGUGAAGCAUGGUGGUGGCAGCAUCAUGCUAUGGGGAUGUCUUUCAGCGGGCGGGGACUGGGAGACUAGUCAGGAUUGAGGGAAAGAUUAACGGAAAAAAGUACAGAGAGAUCCUUGAUGAAACCUGCUCCAGAGCGCUCAGGACCUCAGACUGGGGCGAAGGUUCACCUUCCAACAGGACAACGACCCUAAGCACACAGCCAAGGCAACGCAGGAGUGGCUUCGGGACAAGUCUCUGAAUGUCCUUGAGUGGCUCAGCCAGAGCCCAGACUUGAACCCGAUCGAACAUCUCUGGAGAGACCAGAAAUAGCUGUGCAGUGAUGCUCCCCAUCCAACCUGACAGAGCUUAAGAGGAUCUGCAGAGAAGAAUGGGAGAAACUCCCCAAAUACAGGUGUGCCAAGCUUGUAGCGUCAUACCCAAGAAGACUCAAGUCUGUAAUCGCUGCCAAAGGUGCUUCAACAAAGUACUAACUAAAGGGUCUGAAUACUUAUGUAAAUUUGAUAUUUAAGUUUUUUAUUAUUAAUACAUUUGCAAACAUUUCUAAAACCUGUUUUUGCUUUGUCAUUAUGGGGUAUUGUGUGUAGAUUGAAAAAUAACUGUUUAAUCAAUUUUAGAAUAAGGCUGUAAUGCAACAAAAUGUGGAAAAAGUCAAGGGAUCUGAAUACUCUCCGAAUGCACUGUAUAUCUUUUCAGGGUACAUACAUCUACUUCUACAUAUAUCUACUUCUACAUACAUCUACUUCUACAUACAUCUACUUCUACAUACAUCUACUUCUACAUACAUCUACUUCUACAUCUACUUCUACAUACAUCUACUUCUACAUACAUCGACUUCGACAUACAUCGACUGCUACAGACAUCUACCGCGACAACAUCUACCCGACAUACAGCUACGCACAGCCCAUCUACUGCGACAUACAUCUACUUCUACAUACACUACUCUACAUACAUCUACUCUACAUACAUCUACGCACAUACACUACUUCGACAAAGCUACUCUACAUACAGCUACUCUACAACAGUCUACGUCUACAUACACGACUGCUACAACAUCGACUUCUCCCAUACAGCUACCUCUACAACAUCGACCCUACAGACAUGUACGGUCUACAACAUCUACUUCGACAUACAUGGACGUCUACAUACAUGCUACUCUACAGCACGACUCGACAACUUCGUACAUACAUGCUACGUCUACAGAAUCUACGGCUACAGACAUCUACGGCUACAUACAUCUACCUCUACAUAAACACCUCUACAACAUUACUUCUACCAUACAUCUACUUCUAAUACAUCUACUCUACAUACAUCGACCUCACAUAACUACCUCUACAUACAUCUACCUCUACAACAUGUACUGCUACAGACAGCUACUUCGACAUACAUCUACUUCUACAUCUACUUCUACAUACAUCUACUUCUACAUACAUCUACUUCUACAUACAUCUACUUCUACAUACAUCUACCUCUACAUACAUCUACCUCUACAUACAUCUACUUCUACAUACAUCUACUUCUACAUACAUCUACUUCUACAUACAUCUACUUCUACAUACAUCUACUUCUACAUACAUCUACUUCUAUAUACAUCUACUUCUAUAUACAUCUACCUCUACAUACAUCUACUUCUACAUACAUCUACUUCUACAUACAUCUACUUCUAUAUACCUCUACCUCUACAUACAUCUACUUCUAUAUACAUCUACCUCUGUUGUGUAUUUUCAUCUUACACCACCAGUAUACAAAAUAUAGAUUAUUUUUAAUUUCUCUUUAUUAACACAGAAAUCAUGGUAAAUUGUGUUUUUUCUUCGGUAACCAGUUGCUUGACAAAGUCCUGACAUUUCAGAAAAAAAGAAUUUACCCUUGUUGGUACUUUAAGGGCUUAACCUCUGCCCACCAGUUCCACUUCUGCCACCAAAUGUCACAUAUGUGUAGGAUAUCACAUGACUGCAUCACAUACCCAUCAUUGAUAAAUUCCUAAUCUCUUUCUCUCUGUUUUUCUGUGUAGAUUCUAUAGACUGCACAGAAUGUCCCGAGGACUACUGGUCAAACGCUGAUGGAACAUUGUGCAUCCCCAAAGUGGUGGAGUUCCUUUCCCAUGAUGCAAUGGGGAUAGCCCUGACGGUGAUCGCUGUAGUGGGCGCCUGUCUGACCGUGUCCGUCCUGGCGGUCUUCCUCCAUCACAGGACCACUCCCAUUGUCCGCGUCAACAACUCUGAGCUGAGUUUCUCUAUCCUUUUCUCCCUGACUCUGUGCUUCCUGUGUGCGCUGAUGUUCAUCGGGGAGCCCACCUCCUGGUCCUGCAUGCUGCGCCACACCACCUUCAGCAUCACCUUCUCCCUCUGCAUCUCCUGCAUCCUGGGCAAAACUCUGGUGGUCCUGGGUGCCUUCACUUCCACCAGGCCUGGGAACAACAUCAUGAAGUGGCUGGGGCCCAAACAGCAGAGGGUCAUCAUCUUCUGCUGCACCCUGGUUCAGGUGCUGAUCUGUGCUGCCUGGCUCAUCGCUGCCCCUCCCUACCCAUCCAGAAACACCCAGGACCAACGCUCUAAGAUUAUUCUGGAGUGCAGUGUGGGCUCUCCACUGGCCUUCUGGUGCGUUCUGGGAUACAUCGGCCUCUUGGCCUGUCUGUGCUUCAUCCUGGCAUUUCUGGCCCGGAAACUGCCGGGCAACUUCAACGAGGCCAAGUUCAUCACCUUCAGCAUGCUGAUCUUCUGUGCCGUGUGGAUCUCCUUCAUCCCAGCCUACGUCAGCUCUCCUGGAAAGUACACAGUAGCUGUAGAGAUCUUUGCCAUCCUGGCCUCCAGCUUUGGGCUGCUGUUCUGUCUGUUUGCUCCGAAGUGUUACAUCAUCCUCCUGAGACCAGAGAGAAACAUUAAACAACAUAUCAUGGGGAAUAAAAAGUAGUUAAUGAGUAAUGAAAAAUGUAUUUUUCCUUAUGUAUAUGCUUUUGUAACAUAAAAUGUACAGUAUAUCUCAUAUAGGCUACAAUACACACUGAGUAUACAAAACAUUAGGAACACCUGCUCUUUCCAUGACAUAGACGAACCAGGUGAAUCAAAUCAAAUCAAAUGUUAUUUGUCACUUGCGCCGAAUACAACAAGUGUAGACCUUACAGAGAAAUGCUAUGAUCCCUUAUUGAUGUCACUUGUUAAAUCCACUUCAAUCAGUGUAGAUGAAGGGGAGGAGACAGGUUAAAGAAGGAUUUUUAAGCCUUGAGACAAUUGAGACAUGGAUUGUGUACGUGUGCCAUUCAGAGGGUGAAUGGGGAAGAUAAAGAUUGAAGUGCCUUUGAACGUGGUAUGUGCCAGGCGCACCGGCUUGUGUCAAGAACUGCAACACUGCUGGGUUUUUCACGCUCAACAGUUUCAUUUUACAUUUACAAUUUCAGUCAUUUAGCAGACACUCUUAUCCAGAGCGACUUACAGGAGCAAUUAGGGUUAAGUACCUUGCUCAAGGGCACAUCGACAGAUUUUUCACCUAGUCGGCUCGGGGAUUAGAACCAGCGACCUUUCGGUUACUGGCACAACGCUCUUAACCACUAAGCUACCUGCCGCCCCCUGUGUCUAUCAAAAAUGGUCCACCACCCAAAGGACAUCCAGCCCACUUGACACAACUGUGGGAAGCAUUGUAGUCAAUAUGGGCCAGCAUCCCUGUGGAAUGCUUUCGACACCUUGUAGAGUCCAUGCCCCGACGAAUUGAGGCUGUUCUGAGGGCAAAGGGAGGGGAGGGGGGGGGGGGGGGGGGGGGGGGGGGGGGGGGCAACUCAAUAUCAGGAAGGUGUUCCUAAUGUUUGGUAAACUCUGUUUAUGUACUAUGUUGGAAAAGUUGUUUAACAGUUGUAUCUUCCACCCACCAACCUUUGAGUAGAAUCUUGCUGCAUGCAUAUUAGGUGUUAUAAAAAAAAAGUAUAUUUAUUCAUCUGGAGUUAUUGUUGUUACUCUAAUUAAUUGGUGCACUUGGGAUACAAAAAUAUCAAAACCUCAUCGAAAAUAUAAAAAUUAGAGCACAGAAUGAUCAUGAACUAGUUGUUAUGGUUACAAACUACUUCAUUUGAGCAUCACUCAGGAUUCACAUUCUAUUCAUGGCUUUAGAAAACAACACUUUCUGGGAAAUACUGUAUAGAGCCAGCGUGCCAAGAGGACUAGACUGUAAGGGAAAUACUGUAUAGAGCCAGCGUGCCAAGAGGACUAGACUGUAAGGGAAAUGCUGCGUAGAGCCAGCGUGCCAAGAGGACUAGACUGUAAGGGAAAUACUGCGUAGAGCCAGGGCCAAGAGGGACUAGACUGUAAGGGAAAAUACUGUAUAGAGCCAGGUGCCAGAGGACUGAAUGUAAGGGAAUACUGUAUAGAAGCAGCGUGCCAAAGAGGACUGCCGUAGGGAAUACUGCGUAGAGCCAGCGUGCCAAGAGGAUAGACUGAAGGGAAAUACUUGGAUAGAGCCAGGCGUGCCAAGAGGACUAGACUGUAGGGAAAAAAUUACUGCGUAGAGUCAGCGUGCCAAGAGGACUAGAAUGUUAAGGGAAAUACUGCGUAGAGCCAGAGUGCCAAGAGGAUAGACUGUAAGGAAAUACUGUAUAGAGCAAGCGUGCCAAGAGGACUAGGACGAGAGGGAAUACUGGUAGAGGCCAGGUGCCAAGAGGACUAGACUGUAAGGGAAAUACUGCGUAGCGACAGCGUGCCAAGGGACUAGGACUGUAAGGGAAAUACUGACAUAGAGCCUGCGUGCCACGAGGGACUCGACUGUAAGGGAAAUACUGUAUAGAAGCCAGCGUGCCAAGAGAAACUAGACUGUAGGGGAAAUACUGUGUAGAGCCAGCGUGCCAAGAGGACUAGACUGUAGAGGAAAUACUGUAUAGAGCCAGCGUGCCAAGAGGACUAGACUGUAAGGGAAAUACUGUAUAGAGCCAGCGUGCCAAGAGGACUAGACUGUAAGGGAAAUACUGCAUAGAGCCAGCGUGCCAAGAGGACUAGACUGUAAGGGAAAUACUGUAUAGAGCCAGCGUGCCAAGAGGACUAGACUGUAAGGGAAAUACUGUAUAGAGCCAGCGUGCCAAGAGGACUAGACUGUAAGGGAAAUACUGCAUAGAGCCAGCGUGCCAAGAGGACUAGACUGUAAGGGAAAUACUGUAUAGAGCCAGCGUGCCAAGAGGACUAGACUGUAAGGGAAAUACUGUAUAGAGCCAGCGUGCCAAGAGGACUAGACUGUAAGGGAAAUACUGCGUAGAGCCACAGUGCCAAGAGGACUAGACUGUAAGGGAAAUACUGCGUAGAGCCAGCGUGCCAAGAGGACUAGACUGUAGGGGAAAUACUGUGUAGAGCCAGCAUGCCAAGAGGACUAGACUGUAGGGGAAAUACUGUGUAGAGCCAGCAUGCCAAGAGGACUAGACUGUAGGGGAAAUACUGUGUAGAGCCAGCGUGCCAAGAGGACUAGACUGUAAGGGAAAUACUGCGUAGAGCCAGCGUGCCAAGAGGACUAGACUGUAAGGGAAAUACUGUAUAGAGCCAGCGUGCCAAGAGGACUAGACUGUAAGGGAAAUACUGCAUAGAGCCACCGUGCCAAGAGGACUAGACUGUAAGGGAAAUACUGCAUAGAGCCAGCGUGCCAAGAGGACUAGACUGUAAGGGAAAUACUGCGUAGAGCCACCGUGCCAAGAGGACUAGACUGUAAGGGAAAUACUGCGUAGAGCCAGCGUGCCAAGAGGACUAGACUGUAAGGGAAAUACUGCGUAGAGCCAGCGUGCCAAGAGGACUUGACUGUAAGGGAAAUACUGUAUAGAGCCAGCGUGCCAAGAGGACUAGACUGUAAGGGAAAUACUGUAUAGAGCCAGCGUGCCAAGAGGACUAGACCGUAAGGGAAAUACUGUAUAGAGCCAGCGUGCCAAGAGGACUAGACUGUAAGGGAAAUACUGCGUAGAGCCUAUCUAUCUAUCUCUCUGUCUGUCUUUCUACCUAUUUGUCUGUCUGUCUGUAGGGAGUACUAUUGCUUUUUAUUUAUUUUUAUUUCACCUUUAUUUAACCAGGUAAGCCAGUUGAGAACAAGUUCUCCUUUACAACUGCGACCUGGCCAAGAUAAAGCAAAGCAGUGCGAUAAAAACAACAACACAGAGUUACAUAUGGGGUAAACAAAACAUAAAAACAUACUACAGGUGUUGGGGCUGAGGAGAAGGUGUGUGAUGACAGUGAGGUUAUUCAGAAGCUACUGUCACAGAUACAUCCCAGCUGCGUGUCACUAACAUUGUGUAUAAAGACGUUUACGCCAUAGCACACACCAUCCACAGCAUGGCUUGUGAAGAGAGAGCAAACUCCACUGUGACAAAAACCUCAAUGUGAAGCCAACUCAGGUGAAUGACAAAACAACAGUAGAAUGUCCUGAUAGAUAUGUUUAUUUAGACUACAUGAAUGAAGGCUUAAGAGUUCUCACUAUACAUUACAGUUCUCACUAUACAUUACAGUUCUCACUAUACAUUACAGUUCUCACUAUACAUCACUAUACAUUACAGUUCUCACUAUACAUUACAGUUCUCACUAUACAUUACAGUGCUCACUAUACAUUACAGUUCUCACUAUACAUUACAGUUCUCACUAUACAUUACAUAUCUCACUAACAUUACAGUUCUCACUAUACAUUACAGUUCUCACUAUACAUCACUAUACAUUACAGUGCUCGCUAUACAUUACAGUGCUCACUAUACAUUACAGUGCUCACUAUACAUUACAGUUCUCACUAUACAUUACAGUUCUAACUAACAUUACAGUUCUCACUAUACAUCACUAUACAUUACAGUUCUCACUAUACAUCACUAUACAUUACAGUUCUCACUAUACAUUACAGUGCUCACUAUACAUUACAGUGCUCACUAUACAUUACAGUUCUCACUAUACAUUACAGUUCUCACUAUACAUUACAGUUCUCACUAUACAUUACAGUUCUCACUAUACAUUACAGUUCUCACAAUACAUUACAGUUCUCACUAUACAUUACAGUUCUCAUUAUACAUUACAGUGCUCACUAUACAUUACAGUUCUCACUAUACAUUACAGUUCUCACAAUACAUUACAGUUCUCACUAUACAUUACAGUUCUCACUAUACAUUACAGUUCUCACUAUACAUUACAGUGCUCACUAUACAUUACAGUUCUCACUAUACAUCACUAUACAUUACAGUUCUUACUAUACAUUACAGUUCUCACUAUACAUUACAGUGCUCACUAUACAUUACAGUUCUCACUAUACAUCACUAUACAUUACAGUUCUCACUAUACAUUACAGUUCUCACUAUACAUUACAGUGCUCACUAUACAUUACAGUUCUCACUAUACAUCACUAUACAGUUCUAACUAUACAUUACAGUUCUCACUAUACAUCACUAUACAUUACAGGCAGGCAAACGACAGGUCAAGGGCAGGCAGAGGUCAGUAAUCCAGAUCAGAGUCCAAAAGGUACAGAACGGCAGGCAGUCUCAGGGUCAGGCCAGGCAGAGGUCAAUAAUCCAGGGUGGUGUGACAAGGUACAGAACGGCAGGCAGGCUCAGGGUCAGGGCAGGCAGAAUGGUCAAAACCGAGAAAACUAGAAAACAGGAACUUGAAAAAGACAGGAGGGGAAACCACGCGUAGGCUUGACGAAACAAAACAAACUGGCAACAGACAAACAGAGAACACAGGUAUAAAUACACUGGGGAUAAUGGGAAAGAUGGGUGACACCUGGAGGGGGGUGGAGACAAUCACAAAGACAGGUGAAACCGAUCAGGGUGUGACAGUACCCCCUCCCCUAGGGGCACAACCUGGCAUCCUACCUGGAAACUCAGUGAUGAGGCCUGGGUCCAGGAUGUCCCUAGCGGGGACCAAGCACCUCCCCUACAGGCCAUAACCCUCCCAGUCAACCAGGUACUGGAAUCCCAUGCCCAGAGGUCGAAUCUUCAGGAGACGCCUCACUUUGUAUGCCGGUUGGCUGUCGAUGAGACGGGGGAGAGGGGGGGCCCUGGAAACAGGAGACAAAGGGCUGUGAGACAUGGGUUUGAUCCUAGACACAUGAAAAGUGGGAUGUAUAUGGAGGGUACGGGGCAACAGAAGAUGAACAGCAGAGGGGCUAAUGAUCUUGGAGAUGGAGAAAGGGCCGAUAACCGGGGGGAAAGUUUGCGGGACUCCACCCGGAGGGGCAGAUCUCGGGUGGAUAGCCAUACCUUCUGCCCGAGAUGAUACCGGGGACCGGGGUCCGGUGGCGGUCUGCUUGUCAUCGAUACCUGGAGGUGGUCUUGAGAAGAGCCGACCGGGCUCUCCUCCAGGUACGACGACAGCAGCGGACAAACAUCUGGGCCGAGGGUACGCCGACCUCUUCCUCUUGCUCCGAGACGAGCGGUGGCUGAUAACCCAGGAAACACUCAAAGAGCAAAAUACCCGUGGCAGAGCAGGGAAGAGUGUUGAUGGCGUAUUCGACCCACACUAGUUGCUGGCUCCAGGUGGUAGGGUUGGCGGAGACCAGGCACCGCGGAGUCGUCUCCAGGUCUUGGUUGGCUCACUCCGACUGGCCGUUGGACUGAGGGUGGAAACCGGAGGACAGGCUGGCCAACGACCCAAUGAGUAUGCAGAACACCUUCCAGAACUGGGACGAGAACUGAGGACCCCGGUCGGAGACUAUGUCCACUGGGAGUCCAUGGAUCCAGAAGACGUGCUGUACCAUGACCUGGGUCGUCUCUUUGGCGGAGGGUAGCUUGGGGAGAGGAAAAAACCGGUCCACAACAGUCAGGAUGGCGGUGUUGCCAUCACACGGGGGAAGACCCGUGACAAAGUCAAGGGAUAUGUGAGACCAGGGUCGGUGAGGAACAGGCAGAGGUUGGAGGAAACAAGCCGGAGCUUGGCGAGGAGUCUUGUUCUGUGCACAGAUCGUGCAGGCGGCGACGAACGCGGAGAUGUCAGGAACCAUGGUAGGCCACCAAAAGCGUUGUUGCACAAAGGCCAGGGUCCGACGGGAGUCCGGGUGACAGGCAAGCCUAGAGGAGUGGGCCCACUCCAGGACCGAGGAGCGGACAGCGUCAGGAACAAACAUUUGGUUAUCUGGCUCCCCCCGGGGUUUGGCUGGGAAUGCUGUGCCUCCCGGACCUGCUUCUCUAUUCCCCAACUGAGUGCCGUCGCAAAGCACGAGGUGGGAAGGAUAGUCUCGGAUUCCAGGGGUGUAGCCGCGGGGCAAUAGCGGUGUGACAGUGCAUCUGGCCUGACAUUCUUGGAUCCCGGUCGGUAUGAGAGGGAGUAGUUGAACCGGGUGAAAAGCAGGGCCCACCUAGCUUGCCUGGAAUUGAGACACUUGGCGGUGCGGAGAUAUUCCAAGUUCUUGUGGUCUGUCCACACAGUGAAUGCCCCCUCCAGCCAGUGCCUCCACUCCUCCAAUGCCAUUUUCACUGCGAGAAGUUCACGAUUCCCCUACAUCGUGAUUCCUCUCCAUGGUGUUGAGGCGAUGGGAGAAGAUGGUGCAGGGAUGAAACUUGAGGUCCAGGGCCGCACGCUGGGACAGGACCACUCCCACUCCGACAUCCGAAGCAUCGGCCUCCACCACGAAUUGGCGGGAAGGGUCAGGAUGAACCAAGAUGGGAGCAGUGGUGAAACAGUGUUUGAGUGCAGACAGUAGGGAAGCCAGGGUGCUGUAACCCCGGAUAAAGCGGCAAUAAAAGUUGGCGAAUCCCAGGAAAUGUUGCAGCUGCACUCUGGACAUAGGCUGGGGCCAAUUCACCACCGCUCUCACCUUCCCAGGAUCCAUCUGUACACUCCCUGCAGCGAGGAUGUAGCCCAGGAAGGGGAUGGUGGAGUGAUGGAAUUCGCAUUUCUCCCCUUUCACAAAAAACUGGUUCUCCAGGAGGCGUUGGAGGACCUGUCGGACGUGGUGCACGUGUUCUUGGGCGGAGCGGGAGAAGACGAGGAUGUCGUCGAGGUAGACGAAGACGAACCGGUUCCACAUGUCGCGGAGAACAUCAUUAACCAGGGCCUGGAACACAGCUGGAGCAUUGGUAAGGCCAAAUGGCAUGACCAGAUACUCGUAGUGACCGCUGGCCAUGUUGAAGGCAGUCUUCCACUCGUCCCCCUCCCGUAUCUGCACCAGGUGGUAGGCGUUCCGUAGGUCCCCUGGAGCGGCUCAAAGGCCGAGGAGAUGAGAGGUAGUGGGUAGCGUUUUUUCACCGUGAUGUCGUUGAGGCCCCGGUAGACCAUUGCACAGGCACAGGGUUUUGUCCUUCUUCUCCACAAAAGAACCCUGCACUGGCGGGGGAGGCAGAAGGACAGAUGAACAUGGCAGCUAGGGGAGUCCUCAAUGUAGGUCUCCAUAGCCUUGGUCUCCAGACCCGACAGCGAGUACGGUCAUCCCCAGGGCGGAGUGGUGCCUGGGAGAAGGUCGAUUCCGCAGUCGUAGGGUUGGUGUGGCGGAAGCUAAGUGGCCCGGGGCAGGCUGCGCUGACUUCAGGCAAUGAGAGUGGCAGAACGGGCUCCAGCCCAUGAUGGCACCAGUAGACCAGUCAAUGAACGGGUUGUGUCGCUGGAGCCAAGAGAAACCCAAUACCAGGGGAACCUGAGGAGACUUAAUUAGUAGGAAUUGGAUCGUCUCGCUGUGGUUCCCUGAUAGUCGUAGGUUGAUAGGGGUGGUAUUGUGGGUGACCCGGCCUAUAGAGCGCCCGUCCAGCGCUCUAACGUCCAUGGGAAUGGAGAGGGUCUGAGUGGGGAUGCCCAGCUCGGACGCCAAGGUAGCGUCCAUAAAGCUCUCAUCGGCCCCAGAGUCGAUGAGUACCCGGAGAUUUCGACUGGUUCCCCCACAGCACGUUGGCAUGAAAGGGGGUGUGAGUAAGGGGAGAGGAAAAGUUAUCCAUGUGGCCCAGCAGAGUACUCGCUGCCUACCGGUAAGCCUGGUCUUUUAGUGAACAGGUGGACACAAAAUGACCAGUAGUCCCGUAAUACAGGCAACUCUUCGUGUGAAGACUAUAUUGCCGUUCGGCUGGAGACAGCUUAGCUCUGCCUGGUUGCAUCGGCUCGGGAAGAGGUGAAUCGGCAGACUUCGGAGACUCUCGGGGGAACUCGGGUAGCCUCGGGUUCUCUCGGCAACAGAGCCGUCGGGGACUUCUGGGAUGCCUCGGAGGCGAGUUGGAAUCGGACUUCCUCUCCUUCCUUCGUUCCCGUAGUCACCCAUCAAUCCGAAUGGUCAAGGUGACAUUACAGCUCUCACUAUAUAUCACAGUUCUCACUAUAUAUUACAGUUCUCACUAUACAUCACUAUACAUUACAGCUCUCAAUAUACAUUACAGUUCUCACAAUACAUUGCAGUUCUCACUAUACAUCACUAUACAUUACAGCUCUCAAUAUACAUUACAGUUCUCACUAUACAUUACAGUUCUCACUAUAUAGUACAGUUCUCACUAUACAUUACAGUUCUCACUGUACAUCACUAUACAUUACAGUUCUCACUAUACAUCACAAUACAUUACAGUUCUCACUAUACAUUACAGCUCUCAAUAUACAUUACAGUUCUCACUAUACAUCACUAUACAUUACAGUUCUCACAAUACAUUACAGUUCUCACUAUACAUCACUAUACAUUACAGUUCUCACAAUACAUUACAGUUCUCACUAUACAUCACUAUACAUUACAGUUCUCACAAUACAUUACAGUUCUCACUAUACAUCACUAUACAUUACAGUUCUCACCAUACAUUACAGUUCUCACUAUACAUCACUAUACAUUACAGUUCUCACAAUACAUCACUAUACAUUACAGUUCUCACAAUACAUUACAGCUCUCACUAUACAUUACAGUUCUCACUAUACAUCACCAUACAUUACAGUUCUCACUAUACAUUACAGGUCUCACAAUACAUUACAGCUCUCACGAACUUCUCCCGUAACGAGUACCAGGUCUCUUUCACUGCCAACGGGGACCCAGUGGCCACCUGUGAGCUGGUCAACUGGCAGAUAGGGGAGAGUGGGAACAUGGAGUUUGUGACAGUGGCGCACUAUGAUGCAUCCCUGCCCCCUGGCCAGAGGAUUCGCAUGGAGAGGGAAAUCACCUGGGUAGCGAACACUACACAGGUGCCUGUGUCAGUGGGCAGUGAGAGCUGUCCCCCAGGCACUCGUAAGGCUGCACAGAAAGGAAAGCCUGUCUGCUGUUAUGACUGUGUACCAUGUGCAGAGGGAGAGAUCAGUAAUAUCACAGGUAGGUCUAUAGAAAUACAUUGGGGGGAAAAAGUAUUUAGUCAGCCACCAAUUGUGCAAGUUCUCCCACUUAAAAAGAUGAGAGAGGCCUGUAAUUUUCAUCAUAGGUACACGUCAACUAUGACAGACAAAAUGAGAAAAAUUCCAGAAAAUCACAUUGUAGGAUUUUUAAUGAAUUUAUUAGCAAAUUAUGGUGGAAAAUAAGUAUUUGGUCAAUAACAAAAGUUUCUCAAUACUUUGUUAUAUACCCUUUGUUGGCAAUGACACAGGUCAAACGUUUUCUGUAAGUCUUCACAAGGUUUUCACACACUGUUGCUGGUAUUUUGGCCCAUUCCCCCAUGCAGAUCUCCUCUAGAGCAGUGAUGUUUUGGGGCUGUCGCUGGGCAACACGGACUUUCAACUCCCUCCAAAGAUUUUCUAUGGGGUUGAGAUCUGGAGACUGGCUAGGCCACUCCAGGACCUUGAAAUGUUUCUUACGAAGCCACUCCUUCGUUGCCCGGGCGGUGUGUUUGGGAUCAUUGUCAUGCCGAAAGACCAAGCCACGUUUCAUGUUCAAUGCCCUUGCUGAUGGAAGGAGGUUUUCACUCAAAAUCUCAUGAUACAUGGCCCCAUUCAUUCUUUCCUUUACACGGAUCAGUCGUCCUGGUCCCUUUGCAGAAAAAUAGCAACUCCACAUUCAUUGUACUCCAAACACGACGAGUUGAGUUUUUACCAAAAAGUUAUAUUUUGGUUUUUAUCUGACCAUAUGACAUUCUCCCAAUCCUCUUCUGGAUCAUCCAAAUGCACUCUAGCAAACUUCAGACGGGCCUGGACAUGUACUGGCUUAAGCAGGGGGACACGUCUGGCACUGCAGGAUUUGAGUCCCUUGCGGCGUAGUGUGUUACUGAUGGUAGGCUUUGUUACUUUGGUCCCAGCUCUCUGCAGGUCAUUCACUAGGUCCCCCCGUGUGGUUCUGGGAUUUUUGCUCACCGUUCUUGUGAUAAUUUUGACCCCACGGGGUGAGAUCUUGCGUGGAGCCCCAGAUCGAGGGAUAUUAUCAGUGGUCUUGUAUGUCUUCCAUUUCCUAAUAAUUGCUCCCACAGUUGAUUUCUUCAAACCAAGCUGCUUACCUAUUGCAGAUUCAGUCUUCCCAGCCUGGUGCAGGUCUACAAUUUUGUUUCUGGUGUCCUUUGACAGCUCUUUGGUCUUGGCCAUAGUGGAGUUUGGAGUGUGACUGUUUGAGGUUGUGGACAGGUGUCUUUUAUACUGAUAACAAGUUCAAACAGGUGCCAUUAAUACAGGUAACGAGUGGAGGACAGAGGAGCCUCUUAAAGAAGAAGUUACAGGUCUGUGAGAGCCAGAUAUCUUGUUUGUUUGUAGGUGACCAAAUACUUAUUAUCCACCAUAAUUUGCAAAUAAAUUCAUUAAAAAUCCUACAAUGCGAUUUUCUGGAUUUUUUUUUCUCAAUUUGUCUGUCAUAGUUGACGUGUACCUAUGAUGAAAAUUACAGGCCUCUAUCAUCUUUUUAAGUGGGAGAACUUGCACAAUUGGUGGCUGACUAAAUACUUUUUUCCCCCACUGUAGUUGGCAGAAAAUGUGUAGUAAAUUAUAUCAUCCUUUACUAAGGGAAAUUUAUAUGGUUUAUUCAUAUUACUAGCACUACAAAGACAGGUAGUGUCUAUCAAUCAUGUUCAUGUUCUGAUUAUCUGAUGUAAGCUGCACAGCAAUUCAAUAUUAUUUAUUGUAAACUGCCAAAGUGCAGCAUUGUGGGACAUGUAGUUGUAUGUGUAAAUAAAUUAAACAAAUCUUUUAUUAUUAACAUUUGAUGACUGUUGUUUUCUCCUGAUCGGAUUCUUCAGACUGUCAGAGCUGUCCUGAGGAGUACUGGGCCCAACGCUGCGAGAGACCUCUGUGUCUGUCAGUAGCUGAGUGUAGAUGCGGUGAGGAAAUCAAGCGCAGGAAACACGGGCGUUCGUCAACAGACUUUAGUUAACAAAAUGCAGCACCAAACAGGCGAACAGCCAACCCAACCGGGAGGCAAAAUACAAAUUACGCACAACACACACAGUGCGUAAAAUGAAGAUAGCGCACACAGUGCGGACUCUCGGAAAACAACAAACACGAGAGUAAUACAAAAAGAGCGCCCUCUCUAAUGCGCACCAAGUUAUAUGCGCUCCUGAGAUCCAAUUUUGUGAAGAACUGAGCACCGUGUAAUGAUUCCGUCAUAGUCGCAAUCAGAGGAAGUGGAUAGCUGUACUUCACUGUAAUCUGAUUGAGACCGCGGUAAUCAAUACACGGGCGCAGACCUCCAUCCUUUUUCUUCACAAAAAAGAAGCUUGAGGAAGCGGGUGAAGUGGAGGCCCGUAUGUAUCCCUGUCUCAGAGACUCGGCGAUGUAAGUUUCCAUCGCCUUCCUCUCCUCUUGAGACAAGGGAUACACAUGGCUCCGCGGGAGGGCUGCUCCUAACUGGAGAUCUAUCGCACAAUCCCCCUGUCUAUGAGGCGGCAGCUGCACCGCCCUAGUCUUACUAAACACCAGUGUCAAAUCCUCAUACUCGGGGGGAAUAUGCAGUGCAGGCAUUAGAUUCUGACUUUCCACUGAGGUCGCCCCUAUGGAAACACCCAGACACAGCCCCUCACACUGAGCAGACCACCCUUUAAGAGCUUUCUCUCGCCACGAAAUAGUAGGGUCAUGGGUAAUCAACCAGGGAAGCCCCAGCACCACCGGAUACACAGGAGAGUCAAUCAGAUAGAGCUGAAUCGUCUCCUCAUGACCCCCCUGCGCCUCCAUCUUAAGGGGCGCUGUGACCUCCCUAAUCAACCCAGAUCCUAACGGAUGGCUAUCUAGGGCAUGUACAGGGAAAGGCUUAUCAACGGGAAGGAGAGGAAUCCCUAAUUCUACACAGAACUGGCGAUCUACAAAGUUCCCAGCUGCGCCUGAAUCGACUAGCGCCUUAUGCUGGGAACGAGGUGCUACCUGUGGAAAACAAACAGGCAAGGUUAUGUGAACGACAGAAAGCUCUGGGUAAGUAGGGCGCCUACUCACCUGGGAGGACUCCCCAAUGCGUGGCUUGCCUUCACCUCCACCGGGGGACCUUCCCCAACACCUAGCCGCGGUGUGCCCUCCACGGCCACAGUUGGUGCAGGGGACGGCCCCCCUCGGGUUCCUACUCCUCCUUUCUCUAGCGCCAGCACCUCCGAGCUGCAUAGGGCUCGGCUCAGAGGUGCUGGAGGGUGAAAUGGGCGACCCCCAUCCGGGACGUCCACGGGUGGCGAGCAGGGUGUCCAACCGAAUGGCCAUGUCGACUAGUUGGUCAAAUGUCAACAUGGUAUCCCUGCACGCCAACUCUCUUUGGACGUCCUCCCGGAGGCUACAACGGACGUGGUCUAUGAGGGCCCGCUCAUUCCACCCUGCAUCUGCCGCUAGAGUCCGGAACUCCAGGGCAAAAUCCUGUGCGCUCCUCAUCCCCUGUCGGAGGAAGAACAGACGCUCCCCCGCCGCCUUCCCUUCUGGUGGAUGGUCGAACACGGCCCGGAAGCGGCGGGAGAACUCCGCAUAGGUGAUGGUAGCGGCGUCCAUUCUCCUCCAUUCGGCGUUGGCCCACUCCAACGCCUUGCCGGUGAGACAGGAGAUGAGGGCGGAGACGCUCUCGUGUCCCGAGGGCGCCGGGUGUACGGUGGCGAGGUAGAGCUCCACCUGUAGCAGGAACCCUUGACACCCGGCAGCGGAGCCGUCGUACGCCCUCGGGAGCGAGAGCCGAAUCCCACUGGGUUCCGGAAUGUGGACAGGAGGACUGACUGAUGGGGAUGGUCCGGUAGGUGGGGGCGUGGGUACCCCGCUGCUUUCCCAUCGGUGGAGAGUGUUCAUCACCCGAUCCAAGGCGUGACCGAUCUGGUUAAUCCGGUCCUCCUGUCCACGAAGACGGUCCUCCAUGACCUCUGUCGGCGCGGGUGCUCCUGCUGACUCCAUGAUGUGAUGUGGUAUUCUGUCAGUAGCUGAGUGUAGAUGCGGUGAGGAAAUCAAGCGCAGGAAACACGGGCGUUCGUCAACAGACUUUAGUUAACAAAAUGCAGCACCAAACAGGCGAACAGCCAACCCAACCGGGAGGCAAAAUACAAAUUACGCACAACACACACAGUGCGUAAAAUGAAGAUAGCGCACACAGUGCGGACUCUCGGAAAACAACAAACACGAGAGUAAUACAAAAAGAGCAACAGCUUGACAAUAAACAAUACCACAUAACACCUGCCACCACACACGAAAACUAAAUAGGCAACCAAAUCAAACACUAACAAGGGACAGGUGUACAAACAGACAAAACCAAACAAACAUGAAACAUCGAACGGUGGCAGCUAGUACUCCGGGGACGACGACCGCCGAAGCCUGCCCGAACAAGGAGGAGGAGCAGCAUCGGCUGAAACCGUGACAGUGUCUUAGGCCUGUGGAGUUCCUGUCCUUCCACAAGGUCCUUAGAAUCAUCCUGACAGCCUGCUCUGUGGGCGGGGCCUGUCUGGCCAUCUCCACGGUAACUGUCUUCUACCGCCACCGAACGUCGGCCAUCGUCUGAGCUGAGCUUCCUGCUGCUCUUCUCCUUGACUCUGUGUUUUCUGUGUUCUCUUACUUUCAUUGGCCGGCCCUCUGAGUGGUCCUGUAUGCUGCGCCACACAGCGUUUGGGAUCACCUUCGUCCUCUGCAUCUCUUGUGUUCUGGGGAAAACAAUAGUGGUGUUGAUGGCCUUCAGGGCUACACUUCCAAGCAGUAAUGUCAUGAAAUGGUUUGGGCUUCCACAGCAAGAGAUUGACUGUAGUGUCCUUCACGUUUGUCAAGGCUUUGAUAUGCACUCUGUGGUUGGUCCUGUCCCCUCCCCAUUAAAAGCCUCACUACCUACAAAGAAAGGGUCAUUCUAGAGUGUGACUUAGGCUCUGUGGGGGCAUUCUGGGAUGUGUUGGGGUAUAUAGGACUCCUGGCUCUCUUGUGCUUUGUGCUGGCUUUUCUGGCUCGAAAGCUGCCUGAUAACUUCAAUGAGGCCAAAUUCAUCACCUUCAGCAUGCUCAUUUUCUGUGCAGUCUGGAUCACCUUUAUCCCAGCUUAUGUCAGCUCUCCUGGGAAGUUCACCGUAGCUGUGGAGAUAUUGGCUAUCAUCGCCUCUAGCUUUGGUUGGUUCUUUUUAUUAUUACCUGCUUUAUUAUUAUGUUCAGGCCAGAGAAGAACACCUAGAAACACCUUAUGGGGAAGACAUCCAAUCAUAUACAUUAUUAAGAAAUACAUGAGGGGAAAACAUAUUCAGUUAUAUGGUAUAACAUACGUUUAGGUAGCACUACUCUGACAGUGAUGACCAAGAAUUUGGCAGGUAAUCAUUGGUAACUAGAAACAUGACGCAGGGUCACUUUGGAUAUUCCAAUGUUUUGACAGAUUAGAGGUUAUAUCUAGUGUUGAACCUAAUUUGACCAGCUAAAUGAUGUGGUUAGCAGUAGCCUACAGAGUGGAAUCACUUCCAUGUUGUUUGUAAAAACCUUUAUUCCUAUAUGAAUUGAUUUGACAUUGAAGUGCAUGUGUUCAAUUGCUAUUGUAAUUCAUCAUAUGAUGUAUUAUAACAGUAUACUACAAUACACAUGUUCAGAUACAUCUGUGUCUUGCCAAUGGCUUGCUUGGCCUCCCAAUCCACAUUUAUUAGAUAGCUUAUUCUUGAUAUUCAUUAUAUUUUAAUAAUUACAGAUCACAUACAACCAACCCUCAUCACACUUUGCAAACAGUUCAACCCAGUGUACAGUGAAUGGGCAGUCGUCUCAUGCAAACAUCAGCUACUACAACAGUUUAUUUAGUAAUGAGGACACACACUGUACAAGAAGCCAAAUGGUUGUUGCAUUCUAGUGCAAUGUAGGGACUGUAGCUGACAGUGGUUAUGAGUAACACUUUACAUUUAGUUGUACUUUACUUAUGUUGUAACGCUAAAUCUCAACUAGGUUCCUCUCUGGUCUCAGCCUGGUGUUUCUCCAUAAUCCCUUACUUAGUGUUCCUCUCUGGUCUCAGUAAGAUGAUGUAAAAUUUAGGGACAAGGAUGCACAGCAGCAGUCCAAAACUAGAGGCUAAGAUGGCAAAUAUCUCCACAGCUUCGGUGAACUUCCCAGGAGAGCUGACGUAGGCUGGGAUGAAGGAGAUCCACACGGCACAGAAGAUCAGCAUGCUGAAGGUGAUGAACUUGGCCUCGUUGAAGUUGUCUGGAAGAUUCCUGGCCAGGAAGGCUAAGAGGAGACAGAGAGAGGCCAUCAGGCUGACAUAGCCCAGUACCAGUUAGAACCCUGGGGUCCAAGGCUCCUUACACUCCAGCACCAUCAUGCCGGUCAGACCCUGGUACGAAGAGUUCCUGAACGGGAUGGAGGUAGCCGUGGAGACACACCUGGGGGAAGUAGUGGAACAAUAAGCAUCAUAUGGUAGGCCAUCAUGCCAGUCUACAAAAGGUUAUGUAGUAGGACUACAGUUUGAUGAGUUCAACAGCUCUACCUGAGGGGCGGUGGUGCAGAGAAUCAGUGUCCUCUUCUAAGAAGGUCCAAACAGCUUCAUCAGGGCACUGGAGCCUGGUACAGUGGUCCUGAAGGCCAGCAGCAGCACAAUGGUCUUGACCAGCAGCACAAUGGUCUUGACCAGCACCACGAUGGCCUUGAUCAGCACCACGAUGGUCUUGACCAGCACCACGAUGGCCUUGAUCAGCACCACGAUGGUCUUGACCAGCGCCACGAUGGUCCUGUCGCAGGAAGAUGGUGCAGACAGACUGUGUGUUGUCAGGGGAUAGGGUGACAGGAAGACGGUGCAGACAGACUGUGUGUUGUCAGGGGAUAGGGUGACAAGAAGACGGGGCAGACAGACUGUGUGUUGUCAGGGGAUAGGGUGACAGGAAGACGGGGCAGACAGACAGAUGCAUGUGUGUGUGUGUGUCCACAGAGGAGCUCAGCUGAGAUAUGUGAGGCUCUGUGACCAGGUGUAUGCCCUGUAUGUGGAGAUGUAGGAUGAAGAGAGAAAGGAGGGAGAGGAGAGGGAGAGGGAGAGGAGAGGGAGAGGGAGAGGGAGAGGGAGAGGAGAGGGAGCGAGUAUUCUCGCUGUGUCUGAGCGCGACUGGCACGGUCGCGAGCGCUCUCCCUACUAUCUCGCUCUGCUGCGCGCUCGCGCGAUCGCUCGACUCUCUCUCUUCUAGCUCUCGUCUCGAGGGUCUCUCUCUCUCUCUCUCGCUCCUCUCUCGCUCCCUCUCUAGCUCUCUCGCUUCUCUCUUCUCUCUCUGCUCGUUCUCUUCUUCUCUCUGGGCUUUCACCUGCGGCGCUUUUUCUCGCUUCUCUUCGCUCGCGAGCGCGCUUCUCUCGCGCCUCCUCGCCCUCGUGUCUCUUCUUCUGGCUCUCAGAGAGGAGAGUAGAGAGAUAGGAGGAUAGAGAGAGAGAGAGAGAGAAACAGAUCAGUGUGACAGACACCUACAGGACACAUGGUGGAAUGGCUUGGAUGUGUGCAAUAUUUCUUUAAAUUCAUUUAAAUUCAAAGGGCUUUAUUGGCAUGGGAAACAUGUUUUCAUUGCCAAACCAAGUGAAAUCGAUAAUAAACAAAAGUGAAAUUAUCAAAAAUGAACAGUAAACAUUACACUCACAAAAGUUUCAAAGGAAUAGAGACAUUUUAAAUGUCAUAUUAUGGCUAUGUACAGUGUUAUAACGAUGUGCAAAUAGUUAAAGUACAAAAGGCAAUGUCAUAUACAUAAAUAAACAUAAAAAUGGGUUGUAUUUACAAUGGUGUUUGUUCUUCACUGGUUGCCCUUUUCUUGUGGCAACAAGUCACGAAUCAUCUUUCUCUGACACUCACGUCUCCUACCUGCAAAUCUGACCCCCUCCCACCGUCUCCUCCCCCAUGCCUCCCCUCCCCCUCGCCACCCCUCCCCCUGCCCUGAUUUAUGACAUGUCUUUGGUCCUCCCCUUGUGAAAGAUCAAACAAUGACGUUGUCCUAAACCUCCACAGAGGUUGACACUAUAAAAGAGAGGGAGAGAGAGUAAGGAAGCGACAGAGGGGGAGAGACAGAGGACAGCUAUGAGGGUCUGGCAAUAUAUUGACCUGUACCUAUCUAUAAACAUGAUACUGAACUCCUCAUCUCUGAGCCUAGCAUUGACCUACUCCUCUUCCUCAUCUUCCUCCUCUGCCUCGUCCUCUUCCUCGUCCUGUCGUCUGCGGGAGCAGUUCAGUCUGAAUGGGAUGUACCAGAAGGGUGACGUGGUUCUGGGUGGUCUGUUUGAGGUCCACUACUUCACUGUGUUCCCUGAGCUAUCCUUCACAUCAGAACCACAGCAGCUCCACUGUGAGGGGUGAGUAUUCAUCUGCUGGACUGGACUGGACUAGACUGGACUGGACUAGACUGGAUGUGUGUCUGCACUUAAAGGACAGAUAGACAUUCAUACUAUAAGAAGCCCCGUGAUGAUUUGAUCAGUGGUAACCAACCCUGGUCCUGGAGAGCUUCUGGGGUCUUGUUACAUUGGUGAUAUUGUACAUUGCGGUCUCAAAAUAUCUGUGAAUUAAUUGUGUGUAUUCCAUUGUUUUCAAUCAUGAUUCCUGUUUUCUAACCAAAUUUCCCUUUAAGAUAAACCUAUUUUAUUAUCUAUCCUUGACUAAAGUAAUUGCUCUCCUCCCAACCCCCUAAGACAAUACUCUCUCACACACACCCCUUAAGAGGUGCACAGGGUUCAGCAGCUCUGGAGCAAUUUAAAACAUUUACAGAUUGAUUGAAUGUUCCUUUUCUCUGUCAGUUUUGCCCGUUUUGGUUUCAUGCAGGCCCAGACUAUGGCGUUUGCUGUAGACGAGAUCAACAGAAACCCUGACCUUCUGCCCAACAUCACCCUCGGAUAUCAGCUCUACGACAACUGCCAGACCCUGGGAGUAUCGUUCCGUGCUGCCAUGUCAUUGGCCAGUGGGACAGAGGAAGAGUUCCUAUUGGAUGAGACUUGUUCUGGGUCACCCCCGGUGCUAGGGAUUGUGGGAGACCCAGGGUCCACUCACUCCAUCGCCAUCUCCAGUGUCCUAGGGCUGUUCCGGGUACCCAUGGUAAAUCAGAAAGAAUAGAAAGAUGACAACAUUAUUGGAAAUGUCCUUGUAUUCCAAAACCACACUUAGAGAGAGAAACAGCAUGUUUAGGUCUUAAAUGUGUCUAGGUAUAAAACCUUUCUAUUUCAUUAAUUCAUUGAAGAAUAAAAAAAUAUAUAUAAUUGUAUAUUUCACUCCCUCAGGUGAGUCACUACGCCACAUGUUCCUGUCUGAGCGACCGGAGCAAGUACCCAUCCUUCUUCAGAACCAUCCCCAGCGAUGCCUUUCAGGUCCGUCCCUAAGAAUAAGGCUAUAAUGACCUGAUUAGACAGUGAACCGUCAUCUCCCAUGUAUACUCGCUAUAUUCUCUAUACUCUGUAACGGCAUUACAGUUAAAUAAAAGGUUAAAUAUAGAAAAAGUUAAAUAUGGUUAAAUAAAAGGUUAAAUAAAAGGUUAAAUAAAAGGUUAAAUAAAAGGUUAAAUAAAAAUAAUGCAUGUAAUUUAUGUUGAUCUCUCUAUACUCUCCAGUAUCUGUAGUAACAUCAGUAAUGUCUAAUCCCUGUUGAUGUGAUCCCAGGUGCGAGCCAUGAUCCAGAUCCUACGUCGGUUGGGCUGGACCUGGGUGGGCCUGGUGUUCAGUGAUGAUGACUAUGGAGUUCACGCUGCCCGGUCCUUCCACUCAGACCUGGCCCAGACAGGGGGCUGUGUGGCAUAUUCCCAGGUGCUGCCCAGGGACAACCGCCCCACAGAGCUGCAGAGGAUCGUGGGAGAGAUCAAGCGCUCCUCUGCUCGCGUGGUGGUGGUGUUUUCCAACGAGGCCUACCUGCUCCCUCUAGUGGACGAGGUUCAGAGAUGCUUUACAUUGACUUUAGUUGAAGAUCUAAAAGGACACAUACAAUACCUUCACAUUUUAGUUUCAGACGCUCUAAUCCAGAACAAUUUACAGUUAAUAAUAAUAAUAAUAAUAAUAAUAUAUGCCAUUUAGCAGAUGAUUUUAUCCGAAGCGACUUACAGUCAGUGAUGUGUGCAUAUAUUUUACGUAUGGUUGGCCCUGGGCAAUUAGUGCAUCCAUCUUAAGACAGCUAGGGGGGACAAUGACAUGUCACAGUCAUAGUAAGUACAUUUUUCCUCAAUAAAGUAGCUAUCAGCAAAUACAUUUUACAGCCAUAAUUACAGCCAUAAUUACAGCCAUAAUUACAGCCAUAAUUACAGCCAUAAUUACAGCCAUAACAGAUGUAGGAUGUUUCCCCUCUCGCACAGGCUAACAAAUAACAGUGCAUGAAAGUGUUGUAACAUGUUACCAUUGUGGCGUGCUUGAUGCCAACAUUAUAUAAAAUAUAAAACCCAUUUUACAAGGUGGUCGUGCAGAAUGUGAUGGGUCUCCAGUGGAUCGCCAGUGAAGCCUGGACCACCUCCUCAGUGUUAAACACCCCCCGUCUCAUGCCCUACCUGGGGGGUACCCUGGGUAUCGCUAUCCGUCGUGGAGAGAUACCCGGCCUCAGGGACUACCUGCUUAGCAUCCACCCCGACGACCAACCUGCCAGUAACCAUGGAAACAGCAUGGUGAGGUAGUUUUUUAGUCUUUUAACUCCAACCGUUUAUUUAAACACUUUAUACAUUAUGUUUAAAAUAUUUUAAAGGCUACUGCUUAUAAAUACCACAAUACAGGUUAUUAUUUGUUAUUCCUCUACUGGAGAGGAAGCUCAGUUGGUAGAGCAUGGCGCUUGCAACGCCAGGGUUGUGGGUUCGAUUCCCACGGGGGGCCAGUAUGAAACCCCCCCCCCCCCAAAAAAAAAAAAUAACAUGUAUGCACUCACUAACUGUAAGUCGCUCUGGAUAAGAGCGUCUGCUAAAUGACUAACAUGUAAUAACAUUUCCUUCUCUGUUCUGGUAAGGUGAGACAGUUCUGGGAGGCUGUGUUUGAGUGCAGGUUGGAGCCCCCGGCAGGGUGGGUGGAGGCUGGGGGUAGUGUGUGUACAGGACAGGAGGACCUGAGGGAUGUGGAGACCAACUAUGGGGACGUGUCUGAGCUCAGGCCGGAGUAUAACGUGUAUAAGGCAGUGUACGCCCUGGCCCAUGCCCUGCAUGACCUACUGCAGUGUGUGCCAGGGAGAGGACCUUUCAGUGGGCACCGCUGUGCCAGCCUACAGAGACUGGAGCCCUGGCAGGUGGGAUACAUGCACACGUGCAGACCUACACUUUGUCUUCUGUUUACUGUUUUCUUAGUCAAGGUCCCCUGACUACAUACUGUAUUUCUCAACAUCCUCUCCUUCUCUUCCCUCCAUUCCUCCAUCCCCCUCCUCUGGCCAGCUGGUCCAUUACCUGGAGAGGGUUAAUUUCACCACAGGGUUUGGCGAUCGCAUUUCUUUCGAUGACAACGGGGACGCCCUGGCCAUCUAUGACAUCAUGAACUGGGUGUGGCUCCAGGACGGGAGCGUGCAGGUGGAGAAUGUGGGUGUGGUCGACGAAUCAGCACCCGCAGGACAAGAGCUCACACUGGACGAGGACAGAAUUUUCUGGAACUUUGAGUCAAAAAAGGUUAUUUGUAAAGUUAUGUAGUUAUAUAGCAUAUUUCACUACUGCAACAGCAACAGUGUAAACUUAUACCAGUGGAGGGCAAAGAAGCAUUAGAUAUGGGUGUCAAAAUAUGGGUGUAUAAAUAUGGGUGUAUAAAUAUGGGUGUAUAAAAGUCUGAAAUUAUAAUUCCCCCUCACCUUCGUCCUUAUAGCCCCCUCGAUCAGUGUGCAGUGAGAGCUGUCCCCCAGGCACCCGUGUAGCCAGGAGGAAGGGGGAGCCUGUCUGCUGCUUCGACUGCAUCCCCUGUGCUGAGGGGGAGGUCAGCAACACCACAGGUCAGUGAACUGAAUAUAAUUUAAACAAUUGGAGGGUAGCCUGGGGCUGUAGAAAAGGUUUUCCACAUUUUCAUUGUCUGUCUUUCUGUCAGACUCGGCCGAGUGCUCGAGGUGUCCAGAGGACUUCUGGUCCAGCCCGGGGCGUGACCUCUGCAUCCCUAAAGGGGUUGAGUUCCUCUCCUACCAGGAACCCCUGGGCAUCUCCUUGACAACCGCCUCAUUGCUAGGAGCCCUCAUCUGUACAGUGGUCCUUGGAAUCUUCGCCCGUUACCGGAACACGCCUGUUGUCAAGGCCAAUAACUCUGAGCUAAGCUUCCUGCUUCUGCUGUCACUCAAACUCUGCUUCCUGUGCUCGCUGCUGUUCAUUGGUCGGCCCCGGCUGUGGACGUGCCAGCUGAGGCAUGCAGCGUUUGGUAUCAGCUUUGUUCUCUGUGUCUCCUGUAUACUGGUGAAGACCAUGGUGGUGCUGGCUGUGUUCAGGACCUCUAAGCCCGGGGGCGAGGCCAGCCUGAAGUGGUUUGGUGCUGGGCAGCAGAGAGGAACAGUUCUGGUUCUCACCUCAUUCCAGGCCGCUAUCUGCACAGCCUGGCUGGUCUCAGCCUCUCCAACUCCACACAAAAACACGCGCUACCAAAAAGAUAAGAUUGUAUAUGAGUGUGUGGUGGGGUCGGUUGCAGGGUUCGGAGCGUUGCUAGGCUACAUCGGCCUACUGGCGAUCCUCAGCUUCCUCUUGGCUUUUCUGGCCAGGAAUCUUCCAGACAACUUCAACGAGGCCAAGUUCAUCACCUUCAGCAUGCUGAUCUUCUGUGCCGUGUGGAUCUCCUUCGUCCCAGCCUACGUCAGCUCUCCUGGGAAGUACGCAGACGCUGUGGAGAUAUUCGCCAUCUUAGCUUCCAGCUUUGGCCUCCUGGUAGCACUGUUCGGCCCAAAGUGUUACAUCAUCCUGCUGAGGCCUGAGAGGAACACCAAGAAGUCUCUAAUGGGCCGGGCCACAACCAAGACAUAGGGAGAAUCUUCAUUUCAUUUCCUUGAUUCCUUGCGUCCUCUUUCCUUGCCUUCUUCUCAAAACCUGAGAAGGUCAGAGGAGGUUGGAUAACUAACCUUCUCAUUGAAUGGGUUUUGAGAAGGAGACCGAGGAGAGAGGACGCGAGGAAUCACUGAAAUUAAAUGGAGUUUCUCCCAUAGGUUCAAUACCAUACCAAUAGUCUACAGCGGAUUCCUCUCCUUGACUCCUUUAUAUCCUCUGCACUGAUCUGAAAUAUGAACACUAGGUGGAAGUACUAUGCCUGCUAGGGAUCUGCUUGUCACUCUUUCAAUACAAAUAAAGGAAAGGAGAUAAGAUAAAGGAAAGGAGACAAGAUAAAGGAAAGGAGACAAGAUAAAGGAAAGGAGACAAGAUAAAGGAAAGGAGAAAGUAUAGUAACAGAGGAUGAUGGUCUCAAAUAGCUCAUUUUAGUUGCCAUGGCAACAAAAAUAUGUUAUGGUUUUGUUAGUACCCUAGUGAUGUGUAGUAGCCUGCUAUCGAUUAUAAUUAUGAUGUUCUGUAAUUAAAUAUGAAUCAGAUAAUACAUGAUUUAUCUCUUUGGGCUUUUGAUUGAUUUCAUCUGUCUAUGUUUGUGGCUUUAAUCUUCUAGGGGAUAGGUUAUCUCUGAUGAGUGGUUUUCUUUAUAUAAAGGCUUUUGAUUGAAUCAUCACAACGUGUGUCAUAAAACAGCAUAACAUCCCUGUUCCUUCUAAAGGAUUCUGCUCCCACACUCAUUCACCCAUGAAUAAAUGAUUCAUUAAUGCAAUUUUUCAAUUAAUAAAACAUUCUGACUUGAAAGGAGCUGCUUGAAUGUGUUUUUAUUGAACUGUUGAAAUUGACAAAUGUAUUUUAUUAAAAUAUCCAGAAACUGUGUCAUAUGGGAAAAGAGAAUUACACACCUCAUAAAAUGUGAAAGGAAUGAACAACAUUUUUCAUUAAGCAUAUCUAAUUUAAUUGAUUGGCGUAUGUGUUUUCAUAACUGAUUUUCAGGGGAGAAAUGGAUGUCAUUAAAGUCUAUUGAUGAUGGUAAAGAAAAGUCACGUAGUGAUUCAGAUGAAGACGUACUAAGUGGUGACUCACUGUUGAUUCACUGUUGACUCACUGUUGAAUCACUGUUGACUCACUGUUGAAUCAUUAGAAACAGACACUACUAGCAUGGUAGGAAAGUGCUGUUAAUUUGUGUCCAUCAACUUGUUUUGGUAUUGUCUGUAAAGUAUGUAACUUGCUUAUAAGUAUUAUACAAUGUAUCAUGUCAUUAUUUUUACCAUACAACAAGUUAGUGAGAUGGUGUGAUCAACUAAACACAAUGAAUAAUAUAUUAGGACAUCAUGUGUUUCUUGGUGGUUUCUAUUUGGCCAUCAUGUGUUUCUUGGUGUUUCUCUCUGGUCUUAGGAGGAUGAUGAAACAUUUUGGAGCAAACAGACAGAACAGCAGCCCAAAGCUGGAAGCUAAGAUGGCGAAUAUCUCCACAGCAUCUGCGUACUUCCCAGGAGAGCUGACGUAGGCUGGGACGAAGGAGAUCCACACGGCACAGAAGAUCAGCAUGCUGAAGGUGAUGAACUUGGCCUCGUUGAAGUUGUCUGGGAGUUUCCUGGCCAGGAAGGCUAAGAGGAGACAGAUAGAGGCCAGCAGGCCGAUGUAGCCCAGCACCAGAGAGAAGCCGACCACAGAGCCCACCUCACACUCCAGGAUGACCUUUGACCCCUUGAGGCCUAGGUCACGGUAAGGCAGGGGAGGGCUCACGGACAGCCACACGGCACAGAUGAUCACCUGUGUUUACAAACACAAUUACAAACACAAUUUACUCAUCUUAUAAAUGACUGAUUAAUUUAGUUACGUGACUUGAAGUUAUUUCAAUGUUAAAGCUCUCACCUGAACACUGGUAAAGAGGAAGACACUCCCUCUCUGCUGACUGGGUCCAAACCACCUCAUCAGCUGCCCAGCACCGGGCCUGGCUGAGCGGAACACAGCCAGAACAACGAUGGUCUUGACCAGGAGGCAGGAGAGGCAGAGCACGAAGAUGACCCCAAACGCCGCCUGGCGGAUCCGACACGCCCACACAGAGGGACGCCCAAUGAACACCAACGAACACAGGAAGCAGAGCUUGAGCGACAUGAGAAGUAGGAAACUCAGCUCUGAGUUGUUGGCCCGCACCUGAAAGGGUUACACAUACAUGGUACAAUAGAAGAAUUUUCCAUUUUAUCCCAUACCCGAUUUAACACUUUAUUAAAGCUCUUACCAGAGGGGUGUGGCGGUGGUAAACAAAGAACAGAAACACAGCCGUUGUUGCCACAGCGCCACACACGGCAACAGUGGUCAGGGUGAUGCCCAUGAUAUCGUUGAAGGAGAGGAACUCGAGCUGACGAGGGAUGCAGGCAGUCCGAUGGCUGUUGGACCAGAACUCCAGAGGACAGCGGUCACAUAUCAGAGAGCCUGGGAGAUUGAACUCAUUACUAUAAUGUUUGAAAAGCAUAAUUACUUAUUCAGUCUAAUAAGUCUUAAGUAAGCAUUAACACACAACAGACUGUGGGAAUUACCACAAACCUCAGCGAUGUGAGAAGGCACGAGACCAAUGAUAUUUUAAAUGAUAUUAUUCUCCCACAUCACAGUUCACUGACCUGUGGUGUUGCUGACCUCCCCCUCAGCACAGGGGAUGCAGUCGAAGCAGCAGACAGGCUCCCCCUUCCUCCUGGCUACACGGGUGCCUGGGGGACAGCUGUCACUGCACACUGACACAGGCACCUGUACAUGCGAUGAAAUGAAUUUCAAUUGAACAAAAAACCAUUCAGUUCAUGUUUUAAAAUUGUCUUUCUUACCAUAUUAGAUCCUGUGUUCCACUGGAUGGCUGAUUGGUUGAUGAGGAGAUUGGACCCAUCUACUCGGCCAAUCGUGACAAGUUUGAGCAACCCCUGGGGUGUGGCCUGCCAGUUCACAAGGUCGUACAUAGCAGGGACGUCCGCGCCCCGGAAGUAGAACGGCUCCCCAAGUGGAGUGGUGAAGUUAACCAGGUUCAGGUGCUGCAACAACUUGGAGGAAAGGAGACACAAACAUGACCAUGACCAUUACACUGUUAAUAUGAUAUAAUAACUGAAAACAUAUCCCCAUAGCAACUAUUAAGUGGACAUGAAUAUUUAAUGAUAUUGAAUAACAAAAAAGGUUAUAUUGACAUGAGCAAUUUCCCCCCUGACUGAUUUAAGUGUUUGCAAAUCAUCUCUAAUUAAUAGGCGCAAAAGAUGAGUGUACCUCCGCUGGGCUGAUGUUGUGAGGAGGGGAGCAGGUGACGCUGCUGCCCCAGGUAGGGCUGUCUCUCUGGGGGCAGGACAGCAGGCUGUGGAGGGCGUGGGCUGCAGCAUACACAGCCAGGUACACGUUAUAGGUUAUUCUCAGCUGGGAGGUGUCUGUGAAGGGGCUUUGCACACCCUCCAUAGUCUCUGCCCCACUGCAGGAGGCCAGGCGUGGACGGGGGGAACUGGAGGUGGGAGGAGGGAUGUGUGAUAUUGACACAGAGGGGGUUGGAGGAAGGGGAGAGGGGAGCAGAGACGUGCCGUGUGCAUCUGCUGCUCCAGGGCUACACCCAAACUCAGUUUCCCAGAGUUCCUUCAAUAGGACAUCUCCGGGACGACGAGAGGGGUGGAGACUUCGAAGGUGGGCCUCAAAGCCAGGAAUAG